AUGUCCACCAUGGCUACAAUCAAUAAGCGUUUGCAUGAAACUCUGGAGGAGCUGGUCUCAGACAAGUUAAAGAGAUUCCAAUGGCACCUGGUUAGCGAUGCACUUGAGGGCAUUCCUCUCAUCCCAAGGAGCCAGCUGGAGAAUGCGGACAGGGAGGACACAGUGAAUAAACUGGUAAAGAUUUAUGGCCCUUAAAACCAUACUGGACAUCCUGAAGAAGAUGGAGCAGAGAAACCUUGUUGAGAAGCUAGAUAAAGACUGCCGAACAGGUAACAAGUCACAACAGGCAUGAAAUGUUUUUCUGACAUUUUAACCCAAUCUCAAUUGUACCCCUUUCCUGCAGUCAAAAGACCAAAGCGCCCUCUAGUGGCCUCAUGGGUGGAACAUUAUAAUAUUCUUCAUAAUUUCAUAAUUAAUCAAAUUUCCAGUGUUUCUAUGUCAAACGGUUUUGUAAUAUUUCAGUCUUCUGUGAUGUAAAUAAAGUGUAAUAUUGGGAUGCAAACUCAAAAUUGUAUACAUUUCAACUCCAUAUAUGAUCUUCUUAUUUUUAAGGCAAUAACCAUGUGUGUGAGGUGUAAACUUUCAAAGUAGAUUUGUUUAAGCCUACCAAGAAACACUCUGUGUGACCCUGAUUUAGCCCACUGCAGGAAAAGUUUGAAGAAAAUCAAUGUAAAUGCCGCAAGGUUAUUAUAGUAAAUUAAAACUGAAACUAAAACGAAAACUAAUCUAAUCAUGAAAAACAAUUUAGUAAACUGAAAUAAAAUAAUUCACAAACCUGUUUAAAAAAAACUUAAACUAUACUGAAACUAUUAUCUUUUGACUCCAAAACUAACUAAAAUAUACUGAACAAAAAUAUAAACGCAACAUGCAACAAUUUAAAAGAGUUACAGUUCAUAUAAGGAAAUCCGUAAAUUGGAAUAAAUUCAUUAGGCCCUAAUCUAUGGAUUUCUGGGCAGGGGUGCAGCCAUGGGUGGGCCUUGGAGGGCCUAGGCCCACCCACUUGGGGGCCAAGCCCAGCCCAUCAGAAUGAGUUUUUCCCCACAAAAUGGUUUAUUACAGACAGAAAUACUCCUCAGCACCCCCCUCAGACGAUCCCACAGCAGAAAAAGAUGGAUGUGGAGGUGGAGGUCCUGGGCUGGUGUGGUUACACAUGGUCUGUGGUUGUGAGGCUGGUUGGACGUACUGCCAAAUUCUCUAAAAUGACGUUGGAGGCAGCUUAUGGUAGAGAAAUGAACAUUCAAUUAUCUGGCAACCGCUCUGGUGGUCAUUCCUGCAAUCAGCAUGCCAAUUGCAUGUUCCCUCAAAACUUGAGACAUUUGUGGCAUUGUGUUGCAUGACAAAACUGCACACUUUAAAGUGGCCUUUUCAGUGUAAAAUAAAAACCAUCAUGAAGUAUGUUCAGUUUUUUUUUUUUUUUCUAAACAUUUUGGGUAAAAAUAGAAUGGGGUUUUCAAUGAGGCUUUCAAGCUUGCUUUUUUUCGGGGUUUUCAAGCUUCUAAAUCUGGCGUGUCACAUUGAGAUUGGGUUUGAGUGGUAAGGCUCAAGCAACCAACUGUAGACGAAAGACGGGGAGUGAAGUUGGGGGAGGUGCAACUAGGGCUGUGGCGGUCAUUACAUUUUGUCAGCCAGUGAUUGUCAAGCAAAUUACUGCCGGUCUCACGGUAAUUGACCAUUAAUUAACAUAAAUUAACAUAAACAUGUUUAGCAUCUCCUGGCUUCCACACAUAGCCUACAAGCGACUGAUGCAGACCUUUGGAACAUCUACAUUUAAAAAAAGUAUAAUAAAUCAAUUUAAUAUAGCCUACACCAUCACAAUAAAUCCAUUAUUUAUUUUAGAAAGGUCUAAAGAAACAUGAUAUUAUGAAGAAAAUGUAGUCUAUUUCAGAAUAACAGAAUAGCAUACUCUGAGUUGUCCUUAUGUUAUGCCCUGAUAUGGCUAUGCUAUAUGGCUGUGGCCUACACUAGUUCAUUUAGCAGACAAGAUUUGCUUAGAAUUCCGUGGCAUUAUUUUUUAUUAUUUUAUAGUAUGAAGAAUACAAUUGAACAUAGCUUAAUAAAAUAGAAAGGAUAUUUUCUCCAAACGAUUUCAAAGGAAAUGCGCACGUGGCAAUUCUGUGUUGAGCGGUUAACAAAGAAACUGGUCCUCCUACAUGCUUAAUUUAGAGUUAUUUAUUCAACUUUAGUUGUGAUACAAACGUUGGGCUAUAUAAAUUAUUUUAUUUUUAAUACAUUAUAAGGCUGCAUGAUGGGACUCUAAUGAUGAUUUGAAAAAAGUCACAAGCUGUACACACUUCAGUCUCUCAUUCACAAUUUGACAAGCACUUGAUAAUAUUCUCACCAGGCCUCGAAUUUCCCUCCUGCAUCCCCCUUGUGUGGCCGUAAUGUCCCCUAAAAACACCAUGCCUUUUGCGGCCAAAGUGGCCGUUGUGCCCUUUGGCUAAAUAUAAUCAUAAUAAUUCCCUUCUACUGGCUGCCGUGCUCUGAAGCACCUCUCAUUCACAUGGCUCUCUCAGAUGUAGCCAAUGCCCAUCAUGUGAUCAGGUCCAUCUCACAGGCAUUUCAGCUAAGAAGUAGGCUACAAGUGAAUGAAGACAGACACAUCAGGUAGGCAACUGCGGGUCCCUCUUAUCGAAUUCCGAGGUGCAUACUGAAGAUGUUAGAACUGUCCACAUUUAUCCUACUUUUCGUCAGCCAACAAGAUGAGUAGGCCUAACGAACAGCAAAAACACUAGCCUAUGUCAAUCUACCAUAGUACAAAAGGUUAUAUAUGCUAUUGGUCAACUUGUCCUGUGCAAUAAAUAAAUAUUCCAAACAUACUCUGGGACAGUUGUUGGUUGCGAUACAUACGAAAUGAAUUCAACCACUUGCAUAAAAAAAAAACAUUUAAAAAGCAAUAAGGCUGAUGUCACAGAUCAGAACGUUUAGCUUAAAAUGUUGAUAAACUAUUAGGCUAUUUUUUCACAUUGUAAGCGCAGCAAUUCGCACACGGCAGAAGGCUAAAAGUGUGAAUGUUCCAAAAUGCACCAAUUAGCGGGAAAACACUGUUCUCGAAAGUAAAGGCAAAUGCGAUUAUGCACGUAAUGCUUUAUUAAAAAGGUGCAUUUUUAUGGUGAAAAUUAUCUUCCCCAAACUUGAAACUCACGCGCAGCCUAUGAAUGCCUGUUAGGCUCUUCACCGGUUAUAAAGCGGAUUAAUGUGCUUAAUUUUAAGGAGUUAUUUGGCCACUUUAUUUGUGAAACAAACCUUAUCAAAACAUACAGGCCUAUGGGCUAGGCUACAUGAGGUGUGUGAUUAUGAUUAGUAAAAGUCACCAAAAAAAAAGGCAUGCGCUGUUCCUUGCCUUACUGCACACUCUGGGCAUCAUUCAUAAGUGAUAUUACAUAAUCCACAAGUGAUAGGCUAAUAUUGUCACCCAUCAGACUAUUCUUCAUUUAAAGUUGUCUUUACAUACAGUGUGGGAAAAAAGUAUUAGAUCCCCUGCUGAUUUUGUACGUUUGCCCACUGACAAAGAAAUGAUCAGUCUAUAAUUUUAAUGGUAGGUUUAAUUGAACAGUGAGAGACAGAAUAAUAACAACAAAAUCCAGAAAAAAAAACAUGUCAAAAAUGUUAUGAAUUUAUUUGCAUUUUAAUGAGGGAAAUAUUUCUGGCUCCCAGGUGUCUUUUAUACAGGUAACGAGCUGGGAUUAGGAUCACACUCUUAAAGGGAGUGCUCCUAAUCUCAGCUUGUUACCUGUAUAAAAGACACCUGUCCACAGAAGCAAUCAAUCAAUCAGAUUCCAAACUCUCCACCAUGGCCAAGACCAAAGAGCUCUCCAAGAAUGAUCUCAAUGAUCUCAAGGCAGCUGGGACCAUAGUCACCAAGAAAACAAUUGGUAAUACAUUACGCCGUGAAGGACUGAAAUCCUGCAGCGCCCACAAGUUCCCCCUGCUCAAGAAAGCACAUAUACAGGCCCGUCUGAAGUUUGCCAAUGAACAUCUGAAUGAUUCAGAGGAGAACUGGGUGAAAGUGUUGUGGUCAGAUGAGAACAAAAUCGAGCUCUUUGGCAUCAACUAAUCUCGCCGUGUUUGGAGGGGGGGGAAUGCUGCCUAUGACCCUAAGAACACCAUCCCCACCGUCAAACAUGGAGGUGGAAACAUUAUGCUUUGGGGGUGUUUUUCUGCUAAGGGGACAGGACAACUUCACUGCAUCAAAGGGACGAUGGACGGGGCCAUGUACCGUCAAAUCUUGGGUGAAAACCUCCUUCCCUCAGCCAGGGCAUUGAAAAUGGGUCGUGGAUGGGUAUUCCAGCAUGACAAUGACCCAAAACACACGGCCAAGGCAACAAAGGAGUGGCUCAAGAAGAAGCACAUUAAGGUCCUGGAGUGGCCUAGCCAGUCUCCAGACCUUAAUCCCAUAGAAAAUCUGUGGACGGAGCUGAAGGUUCGAGUUGCCAAACAUCAGCCUCGAAACCUUAAUGACUUGGAGAAGAUCUGCAAAGAGGAGUGGGACAAAAUCCCUCCUGAUAUGUGUGUAAACCUGGUGGCCAACUACAAGAAACGUCUGACCUCUGUGAUUGCCAACAAGGGUUUUGCCACCAAGUAUUAAGUAAUGUUUUGCAGAGGGGUCAAAUACUUAUUUCCCUCAUUAAAAUGCAAAUCAAUUCAUAACUUUUUUGACAUGUGUUUUUCUGGAUUUUUUUGUUGUUAUUCUGUCUCUCACUGUUCAAAUAAACCUACCAUUAAAAUGAUAGACUGAUCAUGUCUUUGUCAGUGGGCAAACAUACAAAAUCAGCAGGGGAUCAAAUACUUAAUCCCCUUACUGUAUACUAAAUAAUAUAUGUGUGAAAUUAGUUUUGAUCCCCAGGUGCAUUAUCAUGCACCUGUCUCAGAACAGGGGCAUUGGGAAAAUAAAUAUGUGUCAACUAUGCACUUAAACAGCGAAUGGAGGAAGCCUUUCAUGUGGUUCAUUUUCAUGCCAGCCAGGCUAUACUCCUGUUGUAAAGCAAAGCAAUGUGCUUAAUAUUAGGAAAGUUGAUAAAUAGUAGGCCUAGACUAUGGAAAGCUGAUGGGAUCCUCCUCUUUUUAGCAGAGUACAUCAAAACUCUGUUUUCUCACGCAGCUGCAUAGCCUAUAAAAUGUUGCGCAACAUGAGCUCAUGGGCUCUCAUGAAGUGUUUGAUUAGAUUUUCUUUCACAUUUGCAUUGAUGUCAGAGUGAUUAGAGGGACAAUAGCGUGCUGAGUACCAGGCAGUUAGCAAGUUUGGUAGGCUGCUAAUGACCAUCAGCAGCAUCAGAGCUUGUAGAAGCCUAAUUACCGUGGAAUUUGAUUGCCAUCAUGACUCGUGACCGCCGGUGUGGCAGUAAUACAGUCACCGUAACAGCCCUAUACAUUUGCAAAAAAUUCUAAAAACCUGUUUUCGCUUUGACGUUAUGGGGUAUUGUGUGUAGAUUGAUAAGGGAAAAAAACAAUUUAAUAAAUUUUAGAAAAAGGCUGUAACGUAACAAAAUGUGGAAAAAGUCAACGGGUCUACCUUUAAACCUAACCUAACAUAUGACCUGACCCAUCACCUUAUGCAUUACAGCCCCACAGUGGCAAGAAGUGAUGUCCCUCCAACCCAAAAAUUAUACAACACAUAAAUGGUUCCUAUCCUCCCACACAUAGGCUACUUACUGUCCCUAACAAUAAAAUUUUAACUGAAACGAAAUAAUAUAAAGACGAGAUAUACAUGUUUUUAUAACACUUAAACUAAAUAAAGAACUAGUAAAUCAGAUCUGAAAACUAACUGAAACUAAAAACUGAAUUUCAAAUAAAAAUCUUAAUACUAAUACACUGCUCAAAAAAAUAAAUGGAACACUAAAAUAACACAUCCUAGAUCUGAAUGAAUGAAAUAAUCUUAUUAAAUACUUUUUUCUUUACAUAGUUGAAUGUGCUGACAACAAAGUCACAAAAAAAUUAUCAAUGGAAAUCAAAUUUAUCAACCCAUGGAGGUCUGGAUUUGGAGUCACCCUCAAAAUUAAAGUGGAAAACCACACUACAGGCUGAUCCAACUUUGAUGUAAUGUCCUUAAAACAAGUCAAAAUGAGGCUCAGUAGUGUGUGUGGCCUCCACGUGCCUGUAUGACCUCCCUACAACGCCUGGGCAUGCUCCUGAUGAGGUGGCGGAUGGUCUCCUGCGGGAUCUCCUCCCAGACCUGGACUAAAGCAUCCGCCAACUCCUGGACAGUCUGUGGUGCAACGUGGCGUUGGUGGAUGGAGCGAGAUAUGAUGUCCCAGAUGUGCUCAAUUGGAUUCAGGUCUGGGGAACGGGCGGGCCAGUCCAUAGCAUCAAUGCCUUCCUCUUGCAGGAACUGCUGACACACUCCAGCCACAUGAGGUCUAGCAUUGUCUUGCAUUAGGAGGAACCCAGGGCCAACCGCACCAGCAUAUGGUCUCACAAGGGGUCUGAGGAUCUCAUCUCGGUACCUAAUGGCAGUCAGGCUACCUCUGGCGAGCACAUGGAGGGCUGUGCGGCCCCCCCAAAGAAAUGCCACCCCACACCAUGACUGACCCACCGCCAAACCGGUCAUGCUGGAGGAUGUUGCAGGCAGCAGAACGUUCUCCACGGCGUCUCCAGACUCUGUCACGUCUGUCACAUGUGCUCAGUGUGAACCUGCUUUCAUCUGUGAAGAGCAUAGGGCGCCAGUGGCAAAUUUGCCAAUCUUGGUGUUCUCUGGCAAAUGCCAAACGUCCUGCACGGUGUUGGGCUGUAAGCACAACCCCCACCUGUGGACGUCGGGCCCUCAUACCACCCUCAUGGAGUCUGUUUCUGACCGUUUGAGCAGACACAUGCACAUUUGUGGCCUGCUGGAGGUCAUUUUGCAGGGCUCUGGCAGUGCUCCUCCUGCUCCUCCUUGCACAAAGGCGGAGGUAGCAGUCCUACUGCUGGGUUGUUGCCCUCCUACGGCCUCCUCCACAUCUCCUGAUGUACUGGCCUGUCUCCUGGUAGCUCCUCCAUGCUCUGGACACUACGCUGACAGACACAGCAAACCUUCUUGCCACAGCUCGCAUUGAUGUGCCAUCCUGGAUGAGCUGCACUACCUGAGCUACUUGUGUGGGUUGUAGACUCCGUCUCAUGCUACCACUAGAGUGAAAGCACCGCCAGCAUUCAAAAGUGACCAAAACAUCAGCCAGGAAGCAUAGGAACUGAGAAGUGGUCUGUGGUCACCACCUGCAGAACCACUUCUUUAUUGGGGGUGUCUUGCUAAUUGCCUAUAAUUUCCACCUGUUGUCUAUUCCAUUUGCACAACAGCAUGUGAAAUGUAUUGUCAAUCAGUGUUGCUUCCGAAGUGGACAGUUUGAUUUCACAGAAGUGUGAUUGACUUGGAGUUACAUUGUGUUGUUUAAGUGUUCCCUUUAUUUUUUUUAGCAGUGUAUAAAUAAAAACUAAUAUAAAUACACAAACCUAUAAAAUCCUUGCAAUGCCCUGUGUUUCCUUUUGAGAUGACGUGUAAAUACUUUUCAGACUGCGUUUCAUUUCAGGGCUUAAACUACAUUUAUUUGAAUGUUACCACCCAACAGCAUGACAUUGUUUAUUAAACAGAAACAGCUGCAACGUUCUUCCUCUUAGAGACUGAGCUGAGCCAAACAGCCUUGCGUCCACUUGGCUGCCUGAGCCAUGGAGCAAAUUAAAAUAGGGGGUGAAAACUAGUCAUAAUCCAUUGGAUAAUUUGUCAAUUUUUUUUUUUUUUUGUGCUGAUCUGUAAAAAAUAAAAAAAAGAUAUGGCCAUUGUAUAAAUUAUAUAAUUGCUUGAUAUGAUUGCAUUUUGCAACCCCGCCCCCUCUGUCACCCCAAGAUGAAUGGUUUUGACCAGUAACGUUUUGCUUCACUACACACUCCACUGCUUUGAAUGGUGCAGGUAGAAACCACAAGUGUCUGUCCUAUAAUGAAAAGGCAAACGCAAAAUAAAAUCAAGGAACUUAUUUAUCUAUUUUAUUGUGCUGUUGUUACAGUAUCUCACAAAAGUGAGUACACCCCUCACAUUUUUGUAAAUAUUUGAGUAUAUCUUUUCAUGUGACAACUCUGAAGAAAUGACACUUUGCUACAAUGUAAAGUAGUGAGUGUACAGCUUGUAUAACAGUGUACAUUUGCUGUCCCCUCAAAAUAACUCAACACACAGCCAUUAAUAUCUAAACCGCUGGCAACAAAAGUGAGUACACCCCUAAGUGAAAAUGUCCAAAUUGGGCCCAAUUAGCCAUUUUCCCUCCCCGGUGUCAUGUGACUCGUUAAUGUUACAAGGUCUCAGGUGUGAAUGGGGAGCAGGUUUGUUAAAUUUGGUGUCAUCGCCCUCACACUCCCUCAUACUGGUCACUGGAAGUUCAAUAUGGCACCUCAUGGCAAAGAACUGUCUGACUAUCUGAAAAAAAGAAUUGUUGCUCUACAUAAAGAUGGCCUGGGCUAUAAGAAGAUUGCCAAGACCCUGAAACUGAGCUGCAGCACGGUGGCCAAGACCAUACAGCGGUUUAACAGGACAGGUUCUACUCAGAACAGGCCUCGCCAUGGUCAACCAAAGAAGUUGAGUGCACGUGCUCAGCGUCAUAUCCAGAGGUUGUCUUUGGGAAAUAGACGUAUGAGUGCUGCCAGCAUUGCUGCAGAGGUUGAAGGUGUGGGGGGUCAGCCUGUCAGUACUCAGACCAUACGCCGCACACUGCAUCAAGUUGGUCUGCAUGGCUGUCGUCCCAGAAGGAAGCCUCUUCUAAAGAUGAUGCACAAGAAAUCCCGCAAACAGUUUGCUGAAGACAAGCAGACUAAGGACAUGGAUUACUGGAACCAUGUCCUGUGGUCUGAUGAGACCAAGAUAAACUUAUUUGGUUCAGAUGGUGUCAAGCGUGUGUGGCGGCAACCAGGUGAGGAGUACAAAGACAAGUGUGUCUUGCCUACAGUCAAGCAUGGUGGUGGGAGUGUCAUGGUCUGGGGCUGCAUGAGUGCUGCCGGCACUGGGGAGCUACAGUUCAUUGAGGGAACCAUGAAUGCCAACAUGUACUGUGACAUACUGAAGCAGAGCAUGAUCCCCUCCCUUCGGAGACUGGGCCGCAGGGCAGUAUUCCAACAUGAUAACAACCCCAAACACACCUCCAAGACGACCACUGCCUUGCUAAAGAAGCUGAGGGUAAAGGUGAUGGACUGGCCAAGCAUGUCUCCAGACCUAAACCCUAUUGAGCAUCUGUGGGGCAUCCUCAAAUGGAAAGUGGAGGAGUGCAAGGUUUGUUGCCAGCGGUUUAGACAUUAAUGGCUGUGUGUUGUGUUACAAAGUGUCAUUUCUUCAGUGUUGUCACAUGAAAAUAUAUACUAAAAUGUAAGGGGUGUACUCACUUUUGUGAGAUACUGUACAUUUGUAUUGGUGUUUCAUGUCCGAUGCGCUCAGGGUGUUAUAUGUAAUUUGCAUCGUGCAUCAUGACCAAAAUCAUUUCACUUCCCCUGUGACACACAGUCUUCUCUUUACGUUCUUUAUGAAUCUCUGCACAUCUCUGUGGUUAUUCUCUCUUGUUUGUUCAGAUUUUAAUGGGGAAACUUUGCUCAUUGAUUGAUAUUAGCUUUUUCUUUGUGAUCAGGUUGGUGUCGAGGCUGUGCACUUAAACUUUAAUUACUGGUAACACAAACACAUGCCAAAUGAUAUCGACACAACUCUGCCCCUCUAUCUCCACCCCCAUCCUCUCUAUCUCUCUCGCUCUCGUUGUCUAUAUCUCUUUUUUUGUCUCUCCAUCCUCUCGCUCCCUCUCUCGCUGUCUCUCUCUCUCUCUCCAUCUGUCUGUCUUUCUCUCCCUCCCCAUCUCUCUCCCUCCUUCCCUCCAUCUCUCUUUAAUUACUACUCUUAUUGUUUCUGUCCUGCUCCAGGCUUCCUGAGAUCUAGGAUCCGUCUGUUAAUCUCCACCAGCCUUAUUACACUCAGGUCUGCUUUAAUAUUUAAUGGGAUGAAUUGAGGCCCAUGGAAUUAGAUACUGGUAGUUCAGGCUGUUUAUGUGGCCAGGAUGGUUCCAGUUCAAACUGUGGCAUCCGCACAUACAUCAGAUACACAUACACUUGCAUGCACAGACACAGACACACACUCGCAAAAGCAUGCAAAGAAACACACACACACCCUGCAUUGCCUGAGCCGUGAAUAUUCACCUAGCCACAGAAAGUGUGUAAUAAACUCUACCCCAGACUUCCUAUCGGCACAGGAAGUUUGACGUUUUGAGCUCUGAGAUAUUACAUUUAAUAAAGUGUGGGACAUUUUGCAUCACUGACUCCAAUCUGAGAACUCCAAUCUGAGAAUUGUUUAAUUAUUCCACUUGGCAAAUGAAUCCAUUAAAACUUAAUGCACUUGUUGCCUACAACAGAUACAACACAAUGUAAUUACAUUGUUAUUUUAUUUCUAAUGACUGUUCUAAGUUUUGAAUGGAGUAGACUCAGAUUAUGAGUUAGACUCAGAUGAUAAGUUAGAACAGUUAGUACACAGAGACAAUACCAGCUUGACACAGUCAACUACUGGGUCCAUACACACACACACAAGCAUGUACAUACACACAUUUACACACACACGUGUGUAGGCAUGCACACACGCACACCCACACACAGGGGGAGGUCUCAGUGUUUGAGACUAACUGUAUUGAUGGAUUGCCCCUUAAGGAGAUGGCUCCUUCUCUUCAUGUCGCUACCAAAUAUACCAUCUCUGACACACACACCCUGACACCCACAUAGACAGUGGAGUCCUGACUGACGUCAGCUGUAAUGUCGCUGUCACUGGCGAACAACGUGCUGCACCCUGGAUAACACUUUAUGUCACUUCAUGACAGUUUAUGUCAGUGGCAACAGAGGCUUAGAAAUGCCAAUCAAUGUUUCUGUCAAGGGGUUGUGAGAUGUAACAAGGGGCCUACAGCACAGUACUGUGUCAGUAAUAAUACCUCCCACUUCCAGAGGUUGUUUUUGUUGUCUGUGUUUUUGGACUGUUGCCACAAUCUUAUCAGCCCAAACUCCAGUGGAUUAUGUGCUGUCCAGCCAUAUUUAGAAUGGUGAAGUUAUGGCGUGGCAUUUUAUUUCCACAGCAAUUUCCAGCCGACCACUAGGGGCAACGCAAUACCUGUUACCAUCUAGUAGGGCAGGGUUGCCCAACCCUGUUCCUGGAGAGCAACCCUCCUGUAGGUUUUCGCUCCAACUGUGACAGGUUAAAGGACAUAUUCAUAGCCUGUUAUACACUAAAAAGUAUUAGUAAGUUCAUGGUAUGUAAGGAUCUUAAAAGAUCUAAGGUUAAAAAGAUCAUGCAUCCAGUACUAGUUCAUAGAGAUUGAUAAAAUUCAUAAAUGUGUUAAAAUCCGUCAAGUGUAAAAGGGUAAAUAUUGUAAGAGGAAUGUGUAAACGUUAUAUUGACUACUUUAUUUUGUGGUGCCUAAUUUAAGGGUAAAAGUGUUAAUCUGUGAUCUACUAAAUGCUCUUAAUCUAUGAGCCUGAGAUCGAUUGCUCUGGUCUCCACCCAACUUUCUGGGGAAAUCACGGUCUUUUUUCUCAUUAUACUAAAGUUUUCAGUGAGGAAACAUAACUGCGUCACUCUCGUGAUUAUUUCUCCCCUUUUUCAGGUACGUUAUUGAUAUAAAACAAGUUAAUUUGAAUGUAAUAACUUGCUAACAUGUCAAGAGAGUUUAAGGUAUGUGUUAGUAACAUCUUGAGUAAGUUAGAGUUAAGUUGAAGAGAGUUAUUAGGUGCGUGUGUGAGUGAAACCUGCUUGGUUGCAGCGAAGAAUAGCUUCGUACUGAGAGUAGCUGCCAUUUUAUGCUAAUUGUGAAUGAGCAUGUGCGCUGUUAAUAAUAUAUUUUGGGGUUAUUUGUAUAAUGUGUUUCGAAUACUUUGUUGACAUGGUUGAUAAAUGUAGUUAUGGGUUACUGAGCUAAAGCUACUUUGUGUUUGACAGUUAUAUUGAAACAUUUGUAUAUGUUUUAGUGAAUUACAGUUUAUGCUGUUGUGACUUGAAUAAGCUUUGUACCCUACAAAACUCUGGUUCCUGUAGAUUUGUUGUUCUGUAAAAUGUGGUAUUUUUGUAAAAGGAUUAUACUAAAGUUUUCAGUGAGGACACAUAACUGCGUCACUCUCGUGAAUAUUUCUCCCCUUUUUCAGGGGCGUAACAUUUUGGAGGCUCCGCUGAGAUUGCUGCUCAGAUGUCCGGCUUCCACAUCCUGGUCGCUGAAUUCCGAGCCAGCUAAAUCCCUACAUAACAACCCAGGCAGGCUGCAGUGAGGAAAGUGUUGCUGUUCGAGGGGAGCUGGAAGUUGGGGGUUAAGUACGUGUCAACUGAGGCCGUUGAGAGACCAUCAGAGACAGUAAGGACCAUCUAAUUCAGAGUCAACUCCUGCACAGUAAAGGUUCCUCCUGUCCUGUCAACAUGACAACCGCCUUGGAAGAACUACAGGAAGAGGUAGUAGGAGAAUUGCACACCCUGACUAAAGACAAGUUACUAGACGUAUGUUUUCAGUGAGGAAACAUAACUGCGUCACUCUCGUGAUUAUUUCUCCCCUUUUUCAGGGGCGUAACACAACCACAGGUGUUACUAACGUGAUUAAUCUUAUCAACCUGCUAAUUAUCAGAAUCAGGUGUGCUAGAUUAGGGUUGGUGCAAAAACCUACAGGACAGUAGCUCUCCAGGAACAGGGUUGAUCAGUCCUGUAGUAGGGCAUUGGGGAUUGGGUUGAGGUUGAGGAUGGGCUUAUUAAACCGCGAGCUACGGCUUUGGUUUCACUUUUGCAUAAUUUGACUGAAAGCUAACAUACGGCAAAACACGCCAUAAUUAAAACAGCAACACACUCCAUAAUCUACAGACAUCACCACAGACGGCACCACUCUCCAUAAUUAAAAGGGCAAGACACUCCAUCUCUGUCGCCUGCAGUUAUGGCAAAUGUCUACAUUUGCUUUGGAGGUUGCAUUGCAUUUUAUAUGUAGAGCACCCAGACUUAGAGCAUGUAUGGUGGCGGGGCUGCCGUUGGGUUAAAACACAGAAGUAGGAUUGUGGCUUUAAACCUACCUGUGGCUUCUCCUCCAACACAGUCCUAUCAGGACUAGAUACCAGACAAACAUUAACAAGACAGGAAGAAGAGUUUAUUCAUAUCCACAGAUGUCACUGAGCUGAAUGUUGCUUUCAUAUCUGACUUGUACCUUUCUAUUUCUGUCCUCACAUCACAACCAAACAACCACCGUCUUGUUCUGCUCUCAUCAACAGAAUAUACACACACGCGCACACAAAAAAAAAUUCUGAGGCAAGCUGAAGUCGGUAGCAGAAGUCUACGCCCCUUCAUCAGUGAUUGGUCAACAGUAGGGAUUCUUCAACGAAGUGUUUGUUGUAAUUCAACGAGAGACAAGUCGUUUUCAUGCACAUUUUUCCACUUGAGAAAUACUGAACCAAACAUCUUAGUUAGAUGUAAAAUCUCCUCAGCAAAACUGUCAAAAUUAAUGACAGAUUUCAUGAGUUAUCUUAGAUUAAUUCGGACUAUUUUGAGGAAGUUUGUAAUUGUUUCUUUCAAUCUAACGUAUUUUAAGGGAGUAUGUGAACACACUCGUUCAGUUCCCCUAGCCUAGUUUGGCUAGGCACCAGCUAAACUGAAGCAUGCUGACGCCUUUAGCUGUGACCAUCUGUCCCAACCUAUUUCACCCAUCACAGAAGAGCUAUGACACGUCUCCUUUCUCUGGGUCACAAUGACCCCGGCUGGGCUGGAGGAUAGAUGUACGCAUACACACCACACACACGCACAACCUAUCUGUUCAAGCAGACUGUGUUCUGUUAAAUGGGUGUUUUGUCUAUGAAGAUGACAAUGUUUUGUUAAAUUAGUGUUUUGGGGGAUAUUAAGUCUUGACAAGUUGGCAGGGAGAGUAGUGUGGGGAAGGAGGAGGGAAGGACUGAAGCAGGGUUGUGGGAAUCUGGUGAAGGUAUGGAAGAGUAAGGGUGGCACCGGAUGAUGACACGGUAGAUGGCUGAUUGGAGAUCAUCUCAGGUGGAAGAAACACCAUGCGGCCAAUUAGAGGAGGGGACAGAGACGUGUAUGGACAAAGACAACCAAUCAGAGAGCUCCAAACUCACUCCAGAGGGCCACCCUUUAUCUUUUCCCCUGUCUGGGUCCCUACUCUUUAGAGAUUAUAUCUCUAGGACCUGCCUUUAGCUGUUGUAUGUACCCAUGAUUCAACAGGAGCCUACAGCUCAGCCCAGGGAACUAAGAAGCCCACAACACUGGCUCCAUCUAAUUUACACUGCAGGGUGUGAUAUACGAAUGGUGUUUACAGAAUACUGAACCAGAGAUCUGAGGGCUGACUGACUGCAAGGAAGCCUAAAGACCCACAGAGAACUGACGUCAGUAAGGGGGAAAAGAGAUUGUGGUUCUGGUGCAUUAUCCACAAUAGCUUACCACUUAAAAUGAAGAAAUGUAUUGACGUGCAUUCAAAGUAGUAUCCUAACAUGGAUAUUGGAAUAUAGCUUAUGAGAGAGCGAUUGGGAACUUUAGAUGGCUAAUUGACGGAUGAUACAAAGCAUGUCCAGUGUUUCUGUGUGUGUGUGUGUGUGUGCGUGUGUGUGUGUAUGCAUGUGUGCAUGUGUGUGUCACUGUGUGUGUGAGUGUGUGUUUGGGUGUGUCACUGUGUUAAAAUAUAUUUCCUGUCCUGAACGUCCCAGACUGGAGGACACACUGGAGACAGACACCAGACACUGUCCUCUGAGACACAGCCCACCAACCGCUAGACACAUGCGCACACACACGCACACCACAUUGUCACGAAUUCAGCCGAGGCUGCCCCUCCUCCUUGCUCGGGCAGGCUUCGGCGUUCGUCGUCACCGGAGUACUAGCUACUACCGAUCCAUGUGUCUAUGUUCGACUUCUUUUGUCUUUAUUGGUCACACCGGUUUUCCCAUCAUGUAGUUAUGUCUUCCCUAUUUAACCCCUGACUCAAUUACCACCCCAUCGACAGGGGGAUUGUGCGAUAAACCUCCAGGUAGGCGCUGCGCUUCCCCGGAGUCACGUGUAUCCUCUGUCACAGGAAGAGAUGGCAGCUAUGGAAACUACCGAAUCUCUGAGGCAAGGAUACAUUCGGCCUUCCACUUCCCCUGUGUCAUCAAGUUUAUUUUUUGUGAAGAAGAAGGAUGGUGGCUUACGCCCGGGCAUUGACUACCGUGGUCUUAAUCAGAUCACUGUAAAAUACAGCUAUACACUACCUCUGAUUGCUAGUAUGACGGAGUCAUUGCACGGGGCGCGCUUCUUUGCAAAAUUGGAUCUCAGGAGCGCGUACAACCUGGUGCAUAUCCGGGAGGGAGAUGAGUGGAAGACAGCAUUCAGUACCACCUCUGGUCACUAUGAGUACCUCGUCAUACCAUACGGUUUGAUGAAUGCUCCUUCAGUCUUCCAAUCCUUUGUUGAUGAGAUUUUCAGGGACCUGCACGGACAGGGUGUAGUGGUGUAUAUAGAUGACAUUCUCAUAUACUCCGCUACACGGGCCGAGCAUGUGUCCAGGUGCUUGGUCGACUGUUGGAGCAUGACCUGUAUGUGAAGGUGGAUAAAUGUCUGUUCAUCCAAGAGUCCAUCUCCUUCCUAGGACACCGCCUGUCCGCGUUAGGUGUGGAGAUGGAGAUUGACCGCAUUUCGGCCGUGCGUAAUUGGCCGACUCCAACCACGGUGAAGGAGGUGCGGCGAUUCUUGGGUUUUGCCAACUACUACCAGAGGUUUAUCCGGGGCUUUGGUCAGGUAGCAGCUCCCAUUACCUCCUUGCUGAAGGGAGGACCGGUGCAUCUACAGUGGUCAGCUGAGGCAGACAGGGCUUUUGAUCAUCUGAAGGACCUGUUUACUUCGGCUCCAGUGCUGGCUCAUCCGGAUCCCUCCUUGGCAUUCCAGGUUGAGGUGGACGCGUCCGAGGCUGGGAUAGGAGCUGUACUGUCUGGGAUAGGAGCUGUACUGUCCCACCAAAACUCCUCCCCUGCGCUUUCUUUUCUAAGAAGCUCAGUCCAGCGGAGCGCAACUAUGAUGUGGGGUACCAGGAGCUGUUAGCUGUGGUUAAAGCUCUAAAAGUGUGAAGGCAUUGGCUUGAGGGGGAUAAACACCCUUUUCUCAUUUUGACUGACCAUCGCAAUCUGGAGUACAUCCGGGCGGCGAGGAGGUUGAACCCACGCCAGGCAAGGUGGGCCAUGUUCUUCACUCGUUUUGUGUUUAUGCUUACUUACAGACCAGGUUUCAGAAUGCUAAGGCAGACGCCCUGUCCCGACUGUAUGACACAGAGGAGAGGUCCAUUAAGCCCACUCCCAUACUUCCGGCGUCGUGUCUGGUGGCACCGGUGGUAUGGGAGGUUGACGCAGACAUCGAGCGGGCGUUACGUACCGAGCCCACUCCCCCCCAGUGUCCAGAGGGUCAUAUAUCCGUGUCGCUCGAGGUUCGCAAUCGAUUGAGCUAUUGGGCUCACACGUCACCCUCCUCUGGUCAUCCUGGCAUCGGUCGGACAGUGCACUGUCUUAGUGGGAAGUACUGGUGGCCCACUUUAGCCAAGGACGUGAGGGUUUAUGUUUCCUCCUGCUUGGUGUGCGCCCAGUGUAAGUCACCUAGACACCUGCCCAGAGGGAAGUUACAACCCCAACCCGUUCCACAACGUCCGUGAUCCCACCUAUCGGUGGAUUUUGUUACGGACCUUCCCCCCUCACAAGGGAACACCAUGAUCCUAGUCUUUGUGGAUCGGUUUUCUAAGUCCUACCGUCUCAUUCCUAUGCCAGGUCUCCCUACAGCCCUACAAACUGCUGAGUCCCUAUUUACACACGUCUUCCGGCACUACGGGGUACCUGAGGAUAUUGUGUCGGAUCGGGAUCCCCAGUUCACCUCAAGGGUCUGGAGGGCGUUCAUGGAACGUCUGGGGGUCUCGAUCAGCCUGACCUCAGGUUUUCACCCCGAGAGUAAUGGGCAGGUGGAAAGAGUCAAACAGGAUGUGGGUAGGUUUUUGCGGUCAUAUUGCCAGGACCGGCAGGGGAAGUGGUCGGGUUAUAUCCCCUGGGCAGAGAUGGCCCAAAACUCACUCCGCCACUCCUCUACUAACCUUACUCCUUUCCAGUGUGUGUUAGGUUAUCAGCCGGUCCUGGCACCUUGGCAUCAGAGCCAGAUCGAGUUUCCUGCGGUGGAUGAGUGGUUUCGGUGCUCAGAAGAGACCUGGAACGCUGCUCAUGUACACCUGCAGCGGGCCAUCAGGCGACAAAAGGCGAGCGCCGAUCGCCACCGCAGUGAGGACCGGGUCUGGCUCUCGACCCGAAAACUGCCCCUUCGCCUGCCCUGCCAGAAGCUGGGUCGGGUCCUGAGGAGAUUGAAUGAGGUUUGUUAUAGGUUACAGCUUCCUCUUAAUUACCGUAUUAACCCCUCAUUCCAUGUGUCUCUCCUCAGGCCGGUAGUAGCUGGUCCAUUCCAGGAGUCUGAGGUACGGGAGGUUCUUCUGCCCCCACUGGACAUCGAGGGGGCACCGGCGUACUCGAUCCGGUCCAUCUUGGAUUUGAGGCAUCGGGUGGGGGGCCUGCAGUAUCUCGUGGAGUGGGAGGGGUACGGUCCGGAGGAACGGUGCUGGGUCCUUAGGAGGGACAUCCUCGAUCCCUCCAUGUUGAGGGAUUUCCACUGUAGUCAUCCGACUCGCCCUGCUCCGCGUCCUCCUGGCCGUCCCCGAGGUCAAGGGGGGGGUACUGUCACGAAUUCAGCCGAGGCUGCCCCUCCUCCUUGCUCGGGCAGGCUUCGGCGUUCGUCAUCACCGGAGUACUAGCUACUACCGAUCCAUGUGUCUAUGUUCGACUUAUUUUGUCUUUAUUGGUCACACCGGUUUUCCCAUCAUGUAGUUAUGUUUGCCCUAUUUAACCCUCUGUCUCACACUGUGUGUUGUGCGUGUUUGUUCAUGUUUUGGUUGUCGUUAGUGUGCAGGUUUGUUCCUCCCUGCGUGGAGGUUUUGUUCAUUCAUUUACCUACGAGUAAAGUACGUUUUUCAAUUAGCUCUGUGUCCUGCGCCUGACUUAGUCUACCGCAUACACUGACGCCUUGACACACAUACACACAUUGGAGAUAGACGGCAUUUGUGAGACACAACUGACUCACUGCCCGCUAGACACACACCCACAUACACCCUUCCCCAACUCCCCGACUGUCACUUAGUAACCAGCCAUUAUUUUGAGUGACAACAACUUUGCCAUAAACACAGCUUCAUUAGAUUAGGUUCUGUACUAAAGUUAAAGCUGACGUUGAUAACAACAUCGUUAGGGGAUCUGAGGUCUGAGGUUCCUCUGAUCUGAGUUGUUUCCUGUACUUUAAUUAAUAUGGUAGUUUAAUUACAGGACGUUGAUUAUAAUGUAUGAUAAUGUAUUCUGAUUGAUAAGGGAAGCUCAAGGUAAAGUCUGUCACUGAUUGAAGCAUUCAGACCAUUUGGCUUUCUCAAACACCUCUCACUCUUCAGAGACAUCCGUCAUGACUCUGUCUGUUUCUCGAUCUCCCCCACCUCUCCUCUACUCUUUCUACCUCACUCCCCUUCAUUCUCUGUCUCUCUCUAAUAUAUCCUUCUCUCUCUCUGUGUCUGUCUAUCUCACCAUCUGUCUCUCUCCCCUUUCUCCCUCCUCUCUCUAUGUACUCUUUGGCAGUCUACCCUCUGUGCUUCCUCCCUUUCCGUUCCUCAUUCCCUCUCCUAUCCUCUCUUUGUCUAGUCUCAUCUGUCAGGGAGUGUCUAUGGUCGUGUUUACACUUGACACUUACAUGCGUCUUUAUCAGAAUACGAAGAUCGCAUUGAAAAAAAUGGGUUUGUAUUCAGAUCUGGCUGACCACUUCAGGUUACCGAGGUUAGCUGGCUAGUUAGCUACAAUAGUUAGCUAAUGCCAUCAGAUGUUGUUGUGUUAUUAUCAUAUUUUGCCUAUUCCACCGUUUGUAGAAUGCAUACUGGCAUUUGAAUAUAGCACGGGAAAGGGGAAUCCGGACACACUGUGGACACGGUAGACUCAUUUAAAUGUAGGUGUAGAUGAAUUCCAUGAUCAGAACACUAAAGCUGCAUGAACUGUCAAGUCUAGACAUGGCCUAUAACCAUCACCAGGGGCGCAACUUUCACUGGGGACGGGGGGACAUGUCCGUCCCCACAUUCUGAAAUUGCAUCCCCCCCCAGUUUUAGCAAUAUAAUGUGAUACAAAAAGCGGCAACGGUGUGCUUUAGGACCAUGCGGAUGCCUCCGAGUGGUCGGGUAGGCUGUUUGGAGUGUUUAUUCGACUGGAUUUAGGACUGCACAGACACCACAGAGCGGGCUGACAGGCUGUGUUAAGGCAAAGCUUCUGGAAGGCUGGCUGGACCAGCACAGGAGAGUUGAGCAUGGUUCAGUGUGUAUGUGUUGCGUUCUUUCACAAGUUGUAAAAGGUAGCAGAACAGAAACUGGCUACUCUUUAGUUGCCUGAUGUAGCUGGCAAGGUAACUGCUGUUUAACUUAACAGAAAAAAAUCUAAACUAGUGUUUAUUCGCAGUGCUAGGCUAGUAUUGCAACUGACAUUAGCUAAUGUUUCAUCCCCUCUCGACUGAGGUAAAUGAAUAAGCUACGGUAGUGAGUAGCUACCACAGCCAGGUCAGCUCUAGCCUCUAAUUAUCUGUCAGAUGGCGAUAUGAGGUGGCUAUUAGUAUUAUCUCUCUAUUAUUACUAUCUAACAGCAGUUGUUUGUAUGGAAAUCUUUUGUAGCCUUUGUUUUGUCCCGUUUCAGAAGUAAAUGAACUUGGCAAGCUUUUGCCAGUUGAUGUACUGUUGGAGAGAUAGCUUGCCAAAAGUUGGCUUACAUUAGCUAUUAUUUUUGCCUCAAUCAAACUAGACCUGAAUCAAACAAUGAAACCAUCGGCCAAACGAUUGAAGAUGGAUAUUCUGACGAUUUUUCAGGGCAAUGUGAGUUGUAUUAGUCAGUAUGGAAAUGUAACUUUGCUGAACUUUAUUUCCCUAGCUAAUUCCCUACUUCACACACUGACACAGUCAGUAAUAAACAGCUCUAACGUUACAGGCUUCACUGUCAUGGUGCACAGUAGAGGUCUGCGCGGGACCAAUUUCUUCAUCCCGCUCCCGCCCGCAGCAGCUGGCUUUCUGUACGACUAGCUAUCUUUAUAGCUUACCUUUUAGGAGUGGGAAGAUUCCAGGCAGUGUCAGACAGCCAGGGAAGACCAGUCUAAGGAGCUCAAGUGAAUUUUACAGUAUAUUCAGUGAAUGGUACAAAGUUCCAUCUUGAAUUGAUGGGUAGACCUACAGUAGCUACAUGACAGAAACUUAAGCUUAAAGCUACAGUCCGGGAUCUGGGAAUAAUGGUCAUUUUAAUUAUUGAACCAUUUAUUAUAUUCUUGGAUAAUAUAAUGUGUAAAUGUACACCAAGGUAAUUCUUUGUCAUACCUCAUUUUAGGAGGAUCAGAUGGUGACAUGGGUCUCAGCAGGGUCAGGCAGCCAGUGAAGACCAGUCUGUGACAGAGGUGAGGUGAAUUUUUGCAUAUACACUAUCGGCAAAAAAAAGCAUUCCAGGUGAAGCUGGUUGAGAGAAUGCCAAGAGUGUGCAAAGCUGUCAUCAAGGCAAAGGGUGGCUAUUUGAAGAAUCUCAAAUAUAAAAUAUAUUUUGAUAUGUUUAACACUUUCUUGGUUACAACAUGAAUCCAUAUGUGUUAUUUCAUAGUUUUGAUGUCUUCACUAUUAUUCUACAAUAUAGAAAUAGUAAAAAUAAAGAAAAGCCCUUGAAUGAGUAGGGUUUCUAAAACUUUUGACCAGUACUGUACAACACUUUAUUCUCUCUGUCCAAAAAACACUGGACAAGCCAGAUGCUAUUUUAAGGCAGUCUGACAAACCUCCAAAGUUAAUUUCUAAACUGUAUCAAGGGUUGAUAGAGGCUUUUCCCGAUGAGACAAAAAAUGCAAUACAAAAAUAUGAGGAAGACCUGGGAGAUGCUAUUGAUGAUGAUGAAUGGAUACAGAUAUGUUAGAAUGCCCAGUGUCAUGACUUGCCCUCAUGGACUAAGGAUCAAAGAUUCUGGCUAGGCAAAGGUUUGAACACCCCCUCUCCUGGGGGCCAGUUUUACGACCGGUCGUAAAUUCCAUGCAGAAACGUUAUUUUCCGUGCCAUGCAGUAUUGGGAGAGGGAACUUCCCUGUGGAACAAAGGAAGUCUUCCCGCCAAGACUCCAACAUCCAAAAGUGGAUAAUGAAACAAUAUUCCUACUUCAAAGUAUGUGGGAAAUGGUCGGUGGGGACUUAAAGAACAAUCAUGUCAAAUUUGUUACUAUGUUGUGAUGUCAUUAAAGAUGGUGGAACAACAUAACUGUAUCUCUGGGGGUGUACACUUCCCAGUUAUGAGGUUUGCAUCUAAUUGUUGUGUAAAACGAAUGAUUAAGUAUAAUAAUACUUUUGUGAAGAUAACAAUGUGAUUUUACAUUUUUAACAUUAUAGAUGAGAUUAUUGUUUUCCAUAUUGAUUUGUUCUCAGUCAGUGGCCACGCCCAGAUGAGCACAAACAUGAUGCAAUGCCCCUUUUACCCCGAGGGCAUAAAAAGCCUUGAAAAACGAAUUAACAUUAGACCAGGAAGCGUGAAGCUGAAGCUACACGGCUUAAAAUGGUAAGACCAGGAAGCGCCAUGGCUUAAAAUGGUUGACACUCUACAUAUGUGAAGCGUGAGCUAAACGUUACAAAAUGGUUAGAACAGAAAGACCAGAAAACGUGAGACGGUAGUCCAUACGUUUGAAAUGGUGAGAAACUCUGAAACUCAAUUUCUACACAAGAAGAAGAAACUCACUAGACCAUAGAAUUACCAGUCUGCAGCUGGCAUGUAAAGUAGUCUAGAACUUUCACCUCAGACAACCGUUGGUACAUCAGAAGUAUCUAACUAACAGAUCAACUCUAUGAACUACAGGGUAUGUGUUAUGAGAACUUUCACUAAAGACACGAGUUGGGAAGGACAUUCCCUCUCAGACAACAGUUGGUACAUCUGAAGUUUCUAUUCUAACAGAUCAACUCUACGAACUACAGGGUAUGCGGACUUAUCCAUUCUAACCACAACUACGACCAGAAACUCUACCAAGGACAUUGGAAUCUCUGGUGGGAAAACUAGAGUCCUACAUCAUCAACUCAACUAUCGAAGACUUCCGUGAGCAUAGUUGCCAAAGUAACAACGAUAGUUUGAAUCUCAGUCUCUCCCUUCCACUCUGACCCUCCUUCUACCCAAGCAUUCAUGUUAUUGUUAGUCCAGUCCACUAGGGACCUGUUUUCAUUGUAUUACAUUAGUAAUCAAUAACCUGUGUGUGUGUUUGUGUGUUUGUAUUGUGUUAUUAUUUAGGUAGUUAGUAAAUAAAUAAUUAAGCCAAUUUGUGUAUUGCUGAUUCAUCAAUAAUGUUAGGCUUCUUGCAGGUUAAAGGAUUAUGCAAUGCUCAGAAUGAGACUGAUAAUGGGUAAUUAUGUAAUAAGUGACUGUUAUCGAUAUAUAACAUAUAUAUAUAUAUCUAAGAGUUUAAUUCGGGAGAUGGAAACUUGUUAAACAACUUCUUCCGUGGUGCCACAAAUUCCUAAUAAGUUAAUUGUUACAUGAUUAAUUUAAUCGAGUGACAAUUAAACAUAGUUAGUUGAUUCGAUGAAUAACAGUCAUACAUUAAAGUAAGUCAAGUCACGACAUAUUGGAGCCCCCGUGCGAGGAAUCUAAGAUAGAAUGAGGCCUUACUCUUGAAUUCAGUCUGAAUGAAUUGUGCUGCACGUUACGCUAUACACCCAGAUUACGUUAUACACCAGUAGAGCCGUAGGCAGGAUUUGUUGUUGAGGUGUGUGUUUCCAUUUGAACAAGAUACUAGAGGUUGCCUUCGAUGUUGUAUAUCUGACAAAGAGUGUGUAGGGUGAAUUACUGAAUGCUACGAGCCAGGACAUAUGGGCCGGCCGAUUUAGGUAUUCUAAGAUAUAGUCCCGUUGGGAUGUCUCUCGCAUCUCAGGAGCGAGUUGACUCGGUCAGUAUUAAUUUCUAGAGCGAGGACAUAGGGCCAGCAAUGAUAGAAAUGUUGAUAGAUAUAUUCGUUGACCGGGCCGGAGUUAUUAUCUACAGUGGGGGAAAAAUGUAUUUAGUCAGCCACCAAUUGUGCAAGUUCUCCCACUUAAAAAGAUGAGAGAGGCCUGUAAUUUUCAUCAUAGGUACACGUCAACUAUGACAGACAAAUUGAGAGAAAAAAAUCCUGAAAAUCACAUUGUAGGAUUUUUUAUGAAUUUAUUUGCAAAUUAUGGUGGAAAAUAAGUAUUUGGUCACCUACAAACAAGCAAGAUUUCUGGCUCUCACAGACCUGUAACUUAUUCUUUAAGAGGCUCCUCUGUCCUCCACUCGUUACCUGUAUUAAUGGCACCUGUUUGAACUUGUUAUCAGUAUAAAAGACACCUGUCCACAACCUCAAACAGUCACACUCCAAACUCCACUAUGGCCAAAACCAAAGAGCUGUCAAAGGACACCAGAAACAAAAUUGUAGACCUGCACCAGGCUGGGAAGAACUUAUUUCAUGCAAUAAAAUGCAAAUUAAUUACUUAAAAAUCCUACAAUGUGAUUUUCUGGAUGUUUGUUUUAGAUUCCGUCUCUCACAGUUGAAGUGUACCUAUGAUAAAAAUUACAGACCUCUACAUGCUUUGUAAGUAGGAAAACCUGUAAAAUCAGCAGUGUAUCAAAUACUUGUUUUCCCCACUGCAUAUAUAUAUAUAUAUAUAUAUAUAUAUAUAUAUAUACAUAUACCUACAUACACAUACAUACAUAAAAAUACAUAUACAUAUCCUUUAAAAAAAUAUAUUUCCCUUUAUUACUUUCCAACCCCACCGCCCCUUCCCUAAUUGGAGUAAACUAGUGAACAGCUCUACUUCCAGCUUAUACAUACUAUAUACAUUUUAUGGACACAGACAAUUUUACAAUAAUUAUAUUUUGUUUGUUUUUACUCAUGAACUUCCUCUAUCCUAAACCUCUCCGAUCAUUUUCAUGAUGUCCAUUCGGUUUGCUUCUAUAUGCCAUAUCUUUCUAACUGUGCUCUUUCACAAGAGCUCUCAACCUAUAACCUAUAUACUUAUUAUGGACACAGUAUGCUUUACAUUAGUUAUCUUGCUGUUAUUAGUUGUUGUUAGUUGUUAUUAGUCCCAUCCUUCAACUCCAUUCAACACCACCCAUCUAUCUCUUAACACCAUCCAUAUUGGAUUUCUAUUUGCCAUAUAUUUUUCAACUGUACUGUGAUGUUUUACAAAAGUUCUGAACCCUUCUAUUCUCAUUGUUUCUACAGAUUGUGAAUUGAAAAGAAACAUUUUUUCUAAAAGUAUUAUUAUAUGAUAAAUCAAUUGACUAUGACUUUUCAAAUCACCCAGUAGUUCUAUCUGCAGUGUUAGCUCCAGGUAAAUAUUGCAGUCCUUUAGCCAUUCCUGGACCUGUGUCCAAAAACAAGCUACAAAUGGACAGUACCAAAACAAAUGAUCUAAUGAUUUUGUCUCUUCGCAGCAAAAUCUGCAGCGCUGGGAAGAUUGUAUCCUCCAUAUAAAUAAUAUUAUAUUGGUAGCCAUAUUUUUUUAUUAUAAUUUAAAUUGAAAAAUUCUAAGUUUUGAAUCCGGUGUCAUUUUGCGCUCAGUUCAUAAACACUAUGCCAUGGAAUCAGUACAUAAACAAUCUCUUCACAACUAUUUUGCAAUCUAUAUGGGAUGGCUGUCAAUCCUUUGGUCCUUAAAUGAAACUGGUAUACUUUUUUAUUUAUCACAAUUUUCUUUAACCAAUUAUGUUAUUUAAUGCAGAGCCGACAGACAAGUUCCUUGCUUUUUCCCCCUUCCACUUUUCUCUUCCAUUUUUGCGGUAAUGCUGCAAUUAUUUGGUUGAAAUUUUGGGUAGAGCAGACAUGUCCAUAUGGUUUUGUUAGCUGCAUGUGCGACAUAACUCCACCAGUCCUACAUAUGAUAUCAUUUAUGAAGAUUAUACAUUUUUAAAACAUAAAAUAAAGGUUUUAUUUCAAUUAGUAUAUUUGAGUUUAACCACAAUAUUUGUUGCAUUAUUUGUUCUGUUGUUUCUGGAGGAUUAAAUUGAAAUUGCAACCAACUUUCUAUGGCUUGUUUUAGAAAUAGUGAUAUAGAGAACCAGUUCGGAUUUAAGUAUAACUUUUGUAUGACUGAAGCUUUUAGUGAUAGGUCUAAUGCUUUAAUAGUUAAUAAUUUCUGUCCUCCAAAUUCAUAUUCAUGAUAUAAAUAGGCCCGUUUAAUUUUUUCUGGCUUGCCGUUCCAAAUAAAAUGGAAUAUUUUUUUCUCAUAUAAUUUAAAAAACUGUUCGCUAGGCGUAGGCAAGACCAUAAGCAAAUUGGUAAACUGGGAUAAUACUAAAGAGUUAAUCAGGGUGAUUUUUCCACAAAUUGACAUGUAUUUACCUUUCCAUGGUAGCAAGAUCUUAUCUAUUUUUGCAAACUUUCUAUUAAAAUGUAUCGGAAGUGAGAUCAUUCAUUUAAUUUGGGAUAUGUAUUCCGAGUAUAUUCACAUCACCAUCAGACCAUUUUAUUGGUAAACUACAUGGUAAUGUAAAGUUUUUAUUUUUUAGUGAUCCAAUACGUAAUAUAGUACAUUUAUCAUAAUUUGGUUGUAAUCCAGAGAGGUUAGAAAUGUAUCUAGAUUCUCUAUGAGGCUGUGGAGGGAUUCAAGUUGUGGAUUUAAAAGAAAACAUGAAUCAUCAGCGUACAAUGACACCUUUGUAUUUAAGCCCUGGAUUUCUAAUCCCUUGAUAUUAUUGUUGGAUCUGAUUUUAAUAGCUAACAAUUCGAUGGCCAUAAUAAAUAUAUAUAUAUAUAUAUGCCCAUAGUGGACAAACUUGUUUCACUCCUCUUGACUGUUUAAAACUUUCGGAGAAAUAGCCAUUAUUUACUAUUUUACACCUAGGGUUACUAUACAUGAUUUUAACCCAUUUUAUAAGAGAUUCUCCAAAAUUAAAAUGCCCCAGGUAUUUAUAUAUAAACCCCAGUCAUACCUUAUCAAAUGCCUUUUCAAAGUCUGCUAUGAAUAGCAGGCCUGGUUUCCCAGAUUUUUCAUAGUGUUCUAUUGUUUCCAGUACUUGCCUUAUAUUAUCUCUAAUGUAUCGUCCAUGUAAAAAACCUGUCUGAUUAGAAUGAAUAAUGGCCGACAAAACCUUUUUCAUUCUAUGCGCUAUACAUUUUGCUAGAAUUUUUGCAUCAUAACACUGAAGUGUAAGGGGCUUCCAAUUUUUUAAAUGGACUGGACCUUUAUAUUUUCCACUUGUAUCCUGUUUCAGUAAUAAUGAAAUCAGACCUUAUUUUUGAGUGUCUGAUAAUCUACCAUUUACAUAGGAGUGGUUCAAACAUUCUAAUAAUGGUCCUCUGAGUAUAUCAAAAAAGGUUUGGUAUACCUCGACUGGUAUGCCAUCCAACCCUGGAGUUUUCCCAGACUUAAAGUCUUUAAUUGCAUCCAGAAGUUCCUCUUCUGUAAUUUCACCUUCACAUUAGUCUUUCUUUAUGGCUGUUAAUUUUACAUUAUCAAUAGAAAAAAAAUCUCUACAAUUAUCUUCAAUUAGAGGAGAUGGAGGCUACUGAAACGAAAACACAUGCUUAAAGUACUCUGUUACCUCCUUCAAGAUAUCAUUUGGUGAAUCAUGGGUGACUCCGUCAUUUGUAACCAGUUUCAGUAAAUUAUUUUUGGUAGCAUUUCUAUGUUGAAGAUAAAUACAAAAAAUUGUGCAUUUUUCCCCAUAUUCCAUCCAGUUUACUUUAUUUUUAUAAUAUAUUACACUUGGUCUUUCUUGAAUAAGUUUCUCCAUUUCUUUUUGUUUUUCCUCUAAUUUAUUCUGAGCCUCUAUGUUACAGUUUUUAUUGAUAUCUAUCUGUUCUGUUAGACCUUCUAUGUCCUUUGUUAGUAUGGACUCUUUUGAGCUAAAUUGCUUUUGUUUUCGAGAUGAGUAUUUAAAAGUGUCCCAUACAAUAAGGGGAUUUGCUGUAGCUAUGUUAUGUCAGAAAAAAAUCAGUUAUAAAUUCCUCUGUCCUAGUUAAAAACAAGUGAUAAUCCAAUAGGCUUUGAUUACAUUUCCAAUAUCCUCGCCCACGUGGAAAUUCAGUAAGAGUAAUGCAUUUGUCAAUUAGUUAACUCCAAUUAGGGGAGGGAUGGUAGGUUUAGGGGAAAAUAAUAAAGGAAAAUAUAUAGACAAAUAUUUACCCAAAAAUAUAUGGGGGAUUGGAAAUGAGGCAGACAAUUACAUUGAUGGAAGACACAAUCUAUAUGCAAUAUUAAAGAUGAUCUACCCCCCCCCAAAAAAAAAAAAAAAAGUAUUAUUAUUCUAAAACCAAAGUUGCGCCCCUGACCAUCACUCUCUCUGACUGGGGGAGUCUCUCUCUCUCUCUCUCUCUCUCUCUCUCUCUCUCUCUCCUCUCUCUCUCUCUCUCUCUCUCUCUCUCUCUCUCGCUCUCUCUCUCUCUCUCUCUCUCUCUCUCUCUCUCUCUCUCUCUCUCUCCUCUCUCUCUCUCUCUCUCUCUCUCUCUCUCUCUCUCUCUCUCUCUCUCUCUCUCUCUCAGUUCCAUACAAAAUGCCUUUAUUGGCAUGGGAAAUGUGUUUACAUUGCCAAAGCAAGUGAAAUAAACAAUAAACAAAAGUGAGAAGACACAAAACAACACCAACAAAAAAACUAUGAGAAAUGUAACAUUGCACUCACAAAGUUUUCAAAAUGAAAAAUACAUGUUUGUCACGGAAUCUGCCGAGGCUGCUCCGCCUCCUUGCUCGGGCAGGUUUCGGCGGUCGUCGUCCCCGGAGUACUAGCUGCCACCAUUGUAUGUUUCUAUGUUCGUUUGCUUUUGUCUGAUUGUUGUACACCUGUGGUUAGUUAGCGUUGAUUAUGUGUCCUAUAAGUUCUCAUUUUGUUAGUCAGGUGUUGUGUGUUAUUGAGCGUCCUGUCUACGUGUCGGUAUUGGUUUUCCCUCCUUGUGUGUUAGGAGAGGUUUUCGCACUUUGUGUGCGCUUAUGUAUUUUUCCUGUUUGUUUACGCCUGUGUGCGUAUCGCUCGUCUCCGGGCACUUUUGCUCGUAUUUAAUCACUAAAGACUGUUGUACGAAGCUUCUGUGUCCUGCGCCUGAUUCCCGCACCUUCCACAUACAGCACACCUUGACAGAAUAACACACCAAGAUGGAAUCAGCAGGAACAGCACUAGCAUCCGAGUACCUGGAGGAGCGCGUCCGCGAGCAGAACGACCAGAUCAACCGGAUCGGGACCGACCUUCAGGACUUAAUACACACUCUGCACCGAUGGGAGAACAGAGGGGCACCCACAUCUCCCCCUACCUUGCCAUCACCAUCGGCCAGUCUGCCCAUCCAAGCUCCGGAACCCAGUGGGAUUCGGCUCUCGCUCCCGAGGGCGUAUGAUGGUACCGCUGCCGGGUGUCAGGGGUUCCUCCUGCAGGUGGAACUAUACCUGGCCACCGUACACCCGGCGCCUUCGGGACACGAGAGCGUUUCCGCCCUCGUCUCCUGUCUCACCGGCAAGGAGUUGGAGUGGGCCAACGCCGAAUGGAGGAGGAUAGACGCCGCCACAAUCACAUACGCGGAGUUCUCCCGCCGCUUCAGGGCUGUGUUCGACCAUCCACCUGAGGGGAAAGCGGCGGGGGAGCAUCUAUUCUACCUCCGGCAGGGGAGGAGGAGCGCCCAGGAAUUUGCACUGGAGUUCCGGACUCUAGCGGCUGACGCAGGGUGGAAUGAGCGGGCCCUCAUCGAUCAUUAUCGUUGUAGUCUUCGGGAGGACGUCCGUCGGGAGCUGGCCUGCAGGGAUACUAGUCUCAGGUUCGACCAGUUGGUGGACAUGUCCAUCCGGCUGGACACCCUACUGGCCACCCGCGGACGUUCCGAGUGGGGUUCGUCCAUUCCACCCUCCAGCACCUCCGAGCCGAGCCCUAUGGAGCUCGGGGGUGCUGGCGCUAGAGAGAAGAGGGGAAGGAGCACGAGGGGGGCCAUCCCCUGCACCAACUGUGGCCGUGGAGGACACACCGCGGCCAGGUGUUGGGGAGGGUCUCCUAGGGGAGAGGACAGCAGGCCCUGCACUGGGGAGUCCUUCCAGGUGAGUAGGCGUCCCACUUACCCAGAGCUCUCUGUUGUGCACUUCUGUAUACCUGUGCGAUUUCCACAGGUUGCACCUCAUUCCCAGCAUAAGGCGCUAGUAAAUUCAGGCGCAGCUGGGAAUUUUGUUGAUCGUAAAUUUUAGGGAUUCCCCUACUUCCUGUUGACAUCCCAUUUCCUGUUCAUGCCCUAGAUAGCCGUCUGUUGGGAUCGGGGUUGAUCAGGGAAGUCACAGCGCCACUUAGGAUGUGUACGCAGGGGGGUCAUGAGGAGACUAUCCAGCUAUAUCUUAUCGACUCUCCUGCGUAUCCGGUGGUGCUGGGAAUUCCCUGGUUGAGUACCCAUGAUCCUUAUAUUUCGUGGCAAGAGGGCUCUUAAGGAGUGGUCUGCCCAGUGUGAGAGGAGAUGUUUGGGUGUUUCCGUGGGGGCGACCUCGGUGGAGAGUCCAAACCAGGUGUCCUCACUGCGCAUUCCCACUGAGUAUGAGGAUUUGGCACUUGUGUUAAGUAAAUCAAGGGCGACGCGUUUGCCUCCUCAUAGACAGGGAGAUUGUGCGAUAGACCUCCAGGCAGGAGCAGCGCUUCCGCGGAGCCAUGUGUAUCCUCUGUCCCAAGAGGAAAAGAGGGCUAUGGAAACCUACAUAGCCGAAUCUCUAAGACAAGGAUACAUACGGCCCUCCACUUCUCCUGCGUCCUCGAGCUUCUUUUUUGUGAAGAAAAAGGAUGGAGGGUUGCGCCCGUGCAUAGAUUACCGUAGUCUCAAUCAGAUCACUGUGAAGUACAGUUAUCCACUCCCUCUGAUUGCGAACAUGACAGAGUCUUUGCACGGAGCCCGUUUCUUCACGAAACUGGAUCUCAGGAGCGCAUAUAACUUGGUGCGCAUUAGGGAGGGCGAUGAAUGGAAAACGGCAUUUUGUACCACCUCGGGUCAUUACGAGUAUCUCGUCAUGCAAUACGGGUUGAUGCAUGCUCCUUCAGUCUUCCAAUCCGUGGAUGAGAUUUUCAGGGACAUGCAUGGGCAGAGUGUGGUCGUGUACAUAGAUGACAUCCUGGUUUACUCGCCUACCCGAGACGAGCAUGUAGCCCUGGUGCGUCGUGUGUUGGGUAGGCUGUUGGAGCACGACCUGUAUGUCAAGGCAGAGAAAUGUCUGUUUUUCCAGGAGUCGGUCUCCUUUCUGGGUUAUCAGUUAUCCGCGUCAGGGGUGAAGAUGGAGAUUGACCGGGUGUCAGCCGUGCGUAAUUGGCAAACCCCAACCACCGUGAAAGAGGUGCAGCAGUUUUUGGGUUUUGCGAAUUACUACCGGAGGUUUAUCCGGGGUUUUGGACAGGUGGAAGCUCCCAUAACGUCUCUUCUGAAGGGGGGUCCGGUGCGAUUGCAGUGGUCAGCGGAGGCGGACAGGGCAUUUGGGAGUCUGAAGGCCCUGUUUACCUCGGCUCCAGUGCUUGCGCAUCCGGAUCCCGCCUUACCAUUUCAGGUAGAGGUAGACGCGUCUGAGGCUGGUAUAGGGGCCGUGCUAUCACAACGGUCUGGUACGCCACCUAAACUCCGCCCCUGUGCCUUCUACUCUAAAAAGCUCAGCCCGUCGGAGCGGAAUUAUGACGUAGGAGACAGGGAGCUGUUAGCCAUGGUUCAAGCCCUAAAGGUGUGGAGACAUUGGCUUGAGGGGGCUCAACACCUUUUUCUCAUUUUGACUGACCACCGUAACCUGGAGUACAUUCGGGCAGCUAGGAGACUGAACCCUCGCCAGGCUCGGUGGAACAUGUUUCUAACCCGGUUUGUAUUUAAAAUCACGUACAUCCCUGGGUCCCAGAACGGUAAGGCAGACGCCCUGUCCCGGCGGUAUGACACAGAGGAGAGGUCCGUUGAGCCCACUUCCAUACUGCCGGAGUCUUGUCUAGUGGCACCGGUAGUGUGGGAGGUCGAUGCUGAAAUCGAGCGGGCGUUGCGUACCGACCCUAGCCCUCCACAGUGUCCGGUGGGUCGGACGUACGUUCCGCUCGAGGUUCGGGAUCGACUUAUUUAUUGGGCUCACACGUCACCCUCCUCUGGACAUCCAGGUAAUGGCCGGACAGUGCACUGCCUUAGCGCUAAGUACUGGUGGCCAACGUUAGCCAGGGAUGUGAGGGUUUAUGUCUCCUCCUGUUCGGUGUGCGCCCAGUGUAAGGCGCCCAGACAUCUGCCCAGGGGUAAGUUACAACCCCUGCCCGUUCCACAAUGACCCUGGUCUCACCUCUCGGUGGACUUUGUUACAGACCUUCCCCCCUCUCAGGGGAAUACCACCAUACUGGUCGUUGUGGAUCGGUUCUCUAAAGCCUGUCGUCUUCUCCCAAUGCCAGGUCUUCCCACUGCCUUGCAGACCGCUGAGGCACUAUUCACCCACGUCCUCCGGCAUUACGGGGUACCCGAGGAUAUAGUGUCUGAUCGAGGUCCCCAGUUCACCUCCCGAGUCUGGAGAGCGUUCAUGGAGCGCCUGGGGUUCUCGGUGAGCCUUACCUCGGGAUACCAUCCGGAGAGUAAUGGGCAGGUAGAACGUGUGAACCAGGAUGUGGGUAGGUUUCUGAGGUCGUAUUGCCAGGGCCGGCCGGAGGAGUGGGCGAGGUAUAUUCCCUGGGCAGAGAUGGCCCAGAAUUCUCUUCGCCACUCCUCCACCAACCUAACCCCUUUCCAAUGUGUGUUAGGUUACCAGCCGGUUCUGGCACCGUGGCAUCAGAGCCAGAUCGAGGCCCCUGCGGUGGAUGAAUAGGUAAGGCGCUCGGAGGAGACGUGGAACGCUGCACACGUCCAUCUGCAGCGGGCCAUCCGUCGACAAAAAGCAAGCGCCGAUCUCCACCGCAGUGAGGGGCCGGUGUACGCACCUGGAGAUCGAGUCUGGCUCUCGACCAGAAACGUACCCCUCCGCCUGCCCUGCCGGAAGCUGGGUCGGCGGUUUGUAGGGCCCUUUAAAUUCCUGAGGAGAUUGAACGAGGUGUGUUAUAGGUUACUACUACCUAUUGAGUAUAAGAAUAUUAACCCCUCGUUCCAUGUGUCUCUUCUCAGGCCGGUGGUAGCUGGUCCACUCCAGGAAGGUGAGAUAGCAGAGACUCCUCCGCCCCCCAUUGGACAUCGAGGGGGCUCCGGCGUACACAGUUCAGUCCAUCUUGGAUUCGAGACGUCGGAUGGGGGGUCUCCAAUAUCUCGUGGAGUGGGAGGGGUACGGCCCGGAGGUGCGGUGCUGGGUGCCGAGGAGGGACAUCCUAGACCCGUCUCUCCUGACUGAGUUCCACCGUAGUCACCCUACGCGCCCUGCACCGCGUCCUCCUGGUCGUCCCCGAGGCCGGGGUCGGCGCACGGCUGGAGCCGCGCGUCAAGGGGGGGGUACUGUCACGGAAUCUGCCGAGGCUGCUCCUCCUCCUUGCUCGGGCAGGUUUCGGCGGUCGUCGUCCCCGGAGUACUAGCUGCCAUCAUUGUAUGUUUCUAUGUUCGUUUGCUUUUGUCUGAUUGUUGUACACCUGUGGUUAGUUAGCGUUGAUUAUGUGUCCUAUAAGUUCUCGUUUUGUUAGUCAGGUGUUGUGUGUUAUUGAGCGUCCUGUCUACGUGUCGGUAUUGGUUUUCCCUCCUUGUGUGUUAGGAGAGGUUUUCGCACUUUGUGUGCGCUUAUGUAUUUUUCCUGUUUGUUUACGCCUGUGUGCGUAUCGCUCGUCUCCGGGCACUUUUGCUCGUAUUUAAUCACUAAAGACUUUUGUACGAAGCUUCUGUGUCCUGCGCCUGAUUCCCGCACCUUCCACAUACAGUACACCUUGACAAUGUUAAGUGUUAUCAGCUAUGUACAGUGUUUUAGCAAUGUGCAAAUAGUUGUAGUACAAAUAGUAGGGGAAGAUACAUAAACAGAUAAAUAUUGGUGGUAUUUACAAUGUUGUUUGUGCUCCACUGGUUGCCCUUUUCUCAUGGCAACAGACCACAAAUAUUGCUGCUGUGAUUGCACACUGCGGUAUUUUGCCUAAGAAAUACGGGAGUUUAUCAAUGUUUGAUGUGUUUUCAAAUUCUUUGUUUGUCUGUGUGAUCUGUGGGAAAUAAUCUCUCUCUUUGUCUCUUCCUCUCUCUCUCUCUCACUCACACACCGCAGGGGAGACCCCAAAGCUUCAUACUCACAGCAAGUAAGACUGAAUUUUAUAGAAAUUCCUCUGGUACACUGAGUGUACAAAACAUUAAGGACCCUUUCCUAAUAUUUAGUUGACCCCUUACCCAUCCCCCCACCCCCCUUCCCACACACACACACACACACACACACACACACCUGGAUUCACCUGGUCAGUCUAUGUCAUGGAAAGAACAGAUGUCCUGUGUAUAUAUAUAUAUAUAUAUAUAUAUAUAUAUAUAUACACACACACACACAAACAUCCACAAACAAACACGCACACACAAAAACACAAACACAAUGGAAAAAUAAGAAAGCUGCAUGUCAUUUAUUGUCAGCUAAACAGGCAUUUGGGAGUUUUGGGAAAUGGGGGUGGAAUAAGAAUGUAUUUUUGCUUACCACUCUAUUUCUUUGUGUUCUCUGUGUGCACAGCAACAUGCUGUGUGAGAGAUUAGAGAUAGAUUUAGAACCCAGUAGCUACAGCGAUAAUACUGAACUCAAACCAUGUCACCCCGCUCCUCCGCACACUCCACUGGCUUCCAGUUGAGGCUCGCAUCCACUACAAGACCAUGGUGCUUGCCUACUGCGCUGUGAGGGGAACGGCACCUCCUUACCUUCAGGCUCUGAUCAGACACUACACCCAAACGAGGGCACUACGUUCAUCCACCUCUGGCCUGCUAGCCCCCUACCUCUACGGAAGCACAGUUCCCGCUCAGCCCAGUCAAAGCUAUUCGCUGCUCUGGCACCCCAAUGGUGGAACAAGCUCCCCCACGACGCCAGGACAGCAGAGUCACUGACCACCUUCUGGAGACACUUGAAACCCUACCUCUUUAAGGAAUACCUGGAAUAGUAUAAAAGUAAUCCUUCUACCCCCCCCCCCCCUCCCCCGUCCCCCACCCCCCUAUAAAAAAAAAGUGGUUGUCCUAAGCUAUCAUAAGUUGAAUGCACCAAUUUGUAAGUCGCUCUGGAUAAGAGCGUCUGCUAAAUGACGUAAAUGUGAAUGAUAAACUGGCUGUGGUUGGAGUUUGUUUCACUGGGCACAAGCGUGGCCUCAUGCUGGUUCAAGCCCAACAUUGUCAACACUGCUGCACACACAGAUACACCCUGUCACCCUGGGCGUGUGUGUGUGUACCCACAGAUGACGGCGUUCUGUGUGUUUGCGUUAAUUUGUGUGUGUGUGUGUGUGUUUAUACUGCUAUUCUGUUAUUCAGGGGCAGAGAGAGGCAGAGCAGCUGAAGGUUAAAGAGAUGAGAGAUGACGGGACAGUGUUUUUGUCAUUGGGAGUAAAGUUAAGAAAUUAGGGUUCCCAAACGGUUAUUUGGGGAGGGUGACGGUUCUAUGAGGAACCAUACUGAUCCAAAGAACCCUAUGAGCCCUUCAAUGGUUCUUUAAAGCUAAAAAAAUGGUUAUUUCCUCUUUUGGUGAUAAUUCAAAUGUAGGGGCGGCGGCUCAUUAUAAUAUUUGGGGUAGUGGUUUGUCCAUAGUGCUUUCUGUGCAGCCGUGAGUGAGAGUGACAUUCCAGUUGAUCUAAUCGGUUGUGUUAUGCUUUAUAUGUUAUUGCUGACUAUGGCUAGUGACCGUGUCUUGUGACACACUCCUGUAUGGUCUUGUGUCAAUUGAGAAUGAUUGACUUAGUCAUUCUCUUCUCAGGGACCCCCAACAGUUCCAGAGCUAGCACACCUGAUUCAACUUGUUAAUAAACAUAAGAAAACCUACAGAAUUUUAAUAUGGCUGUUACACCAGAAUAAAAAAUACUUUAUGGUUCUACAAUGUACCUUUGAGAUUGAGAAAGGAUCUUUGUAGAACCAUUCUCCAUAAAGGUUCUAUAAAGAACUGUAAAAGUGUUUUAUAUAGCCCCAAAAAGGGUUGUAACCAUAGCAGAACAAUUUUUUGGUGCUCUAUAGAACCUUUUUAUAAUGGUUAUUUGUAGAACCUUAGGAAAGGGAUCUUUAUAGCACCAUACAGGUUCCAUUUAGAACAUUCAAAAAAAGGUUCCAUAAUCACCUCAUUUUCAACGGAAAUAUGGGCGGGGUCUGUUUAAGUUUUUUUGUGGGGGACUUCCGGCUAAGCACUUCCGGCCAAUAGUUCGCAGCUAGCUAGCUAACUAACUCAGUAUCGCUUCUCACAACUUUCCAAACAUGGAUUCACGCAAAACUGGCCUUUUAUGUUCGUUAAGGGGAUGCCACAAUAACUGGCAGAAACGGAAGCUGUUCAUGCAGGAGUGUUUUGACCACCAAACUUUUUUUAGGAGCAAGUGCAGUUGUGAGGCGCCUUUUGAUUUUCACCCACCACCCACAAGGAGUCUCUUUGGCUUUGGCUCAAAGCAUUGAACUUGAAGAAACCCCCAAACCGACCCUAUGUGUGUUCCUAUCACUUGGUGGACAAAAGGCCGACUGAAGAGCACCCUUUCCCUUAGAAGUGGCUGGUCUACGAUGCUCCAGUACAGACCAGAAGGCGACAUCUCAUCAGGACAUCAACACAUACAGGUAGCUGUUAGCAAGCUGCUACUCGCUAGCUAUUGUCACAGAUGGGUGUCCUGAAUCAGGCAGAAGUUAGCUAGCUUAGCUAAUUAUGUUACUAGUUGGUAGCCACUCCUAAGUCCUAACAUACUGUAGCUCGCUAACUGUUGCCUAGCUUACUCACUUAGUUGGCUAGCUUGAGGGCAGCCCAUCUGAUAUAGUGUUGCUCGCUAACUAGCCUAGCUAGUUAGUCCCUACAUUGUUAGCAAUCCAACAACUUCUGUCUGACAAUGUCUCCCCCAUGCCAUGAUUAUCCCCAUCAUUGCUGGCAUGCCACUGGUGAUGCUCAUGAAAUGUCUAACUAGCAAAAGUAUUAACCAUUCAAGUGUUUUCUUUUUUUUUUACCAUGACCAGUAGGCUGUCUGUAUUUUAUUGUGUUAAACUUGUGGUCUCUCUAAUGUUUGUUUGACAGAUGAAGACAACUGUCGUGAUGCAGAGUCUGAGUCUGAGUGUGCCAAUGCCACCACAGCAUAAAGAUGCUGAUACUCAAUGGGAGGUUCCAGCACUGACUGAUCACAGCUACGUGUCAAGAGAACCAGUCAACAAGCCCACCUGCCACAAACAAACCCAAAUGUGGUGGUGCAGAGCCAUUGACCCACACCAUCCUGAGGAAUGACACUAACUCAGUGUUGUAUACUGGCCUUCCUCUUAGUGUUUGUGCAGAAAUUCUACACGGCUAACUUCAAAAUGCAUAUCACUGAUCAAAUACUGAUAACCUUGAUGAAGCUGAAGCUGAAUCUACUCCAGGGUGAUCUUGCUGAACGAUUUGCUGUGUCCCAGGGAGUAGUGAGCAGAAUCCUUUCCUACUGGAUUGACACAAUGGAGGAGCACAUGAGGAUCUACAUUCCAUGGCUGCCGAGGGAGACGAUCCAGAACACAAUGCCUCAGUGCUUCAAAGUUCUCCAACACCACUUGUAUCAUCGACUGCUCUGAAACCACUCUUGAGAAAGCACACUCUCGAUUCCAGAGGGGAGUCAUACAGCCACUAUUAUUCCAGCAAUACUCUCAAGUAUUUGGUUGCCAUUGCUCCAUGUGGACUCAUUAUGUUAAUUUCUCCUGUAUAUGGAGGCAGAUGCAGUUACAAGUUCAUCACCCAAAACUCUGGCUUCCUGGAAUACCUUAGGGCUGGCGAUUAAGUUAUGGCAGACAGGGACUUCACCAUCCGGAAUCUUCUGUCUGAGAGGAAGGUAAACCUUGCCAUACCAGCCUUCACUCAGAAAGGAGACCAGCUGUCUGAUGAGGAUGUCACAAGCACAAGAAGGAUAGCUAAUGUACGUAUACAUGUUUAGAGAGUUAUCAGACGACUCAAGGUGUUCAAAAUCCUCUCCCAGACUGUUCCCAUCAACCUGACGCACAAAAUGGACAAAGUCCUUAGAAUCUGUGUAGCACUUGUUAACAUGCAGGGUGAGAUCAUCCAUGAGGAUGCCAAGUGAGCAGUGAGAAUGUUCAUACAUUUGAAAUGUAACUUUAUACACUAUAAUUUCAUCUACAUGAGAUACUGUGUGUAUAUAUAGUUUCCUAUUUAAUUUAAUCAGAAUCAUUUUAAUGUUCCUACAUUAGAAAUGUACUGUAACUUUGCCUGUUCAUUAUAAUUACAGGCAUCCAAUAGGUGCUGUUAUCAUGCCUUCUUCAAUCUAUUUAUAAUACAUUUUCUUCAACACCAAAAUAUCUAACAGACCAAGAGGGAAGACAACUGUUUAGGAAGUGCCACACUGUUUUAUUAAUUUGUGCCCUUGAAAACCAAACCAGAAUCAAACUGAAAACACAUUUGAAACCCUUAGACAUGCCUCCUCGUCCUUCAUUUAAAAAUGUUAAGUAUAAAAAAAAUGUCAACAAAGUUGAAUUUCAUAGUGGUUUUUUUAACACCAUCAUUUGUCAAGUGUAAGAUGAAUUAAGGUAUGCUUAGAUAAGUGCCAUAUGAAAAGGGCUAUACAAGGUACAAUAAAAAUAUUCAUAAAUCAUAAGGAGUUAUCCGUAGGCAUUAGAUAAACAUGUAUGAAGAGAGCUGUACAAGGCAAGAUAUAAAAAAACACACCAAGAAUUAUGCAAAUAUAAUCAGGUAAAUGUGCAUAUGAAGAGAACUGUGCAAGACAAAAAAACACCAAUCAAGAGUUAUGCUUAGAUAAUAAGGUAGAGCUGACAGAGAGCUUUACAAGGCACACAAUAUAGGAACUAUUUAAAAACACAGAAGUAUUAGGCCCCUAGACACCACAUAGAUGAACAUAUUUGGAGCACAUUGUCACGGUUUCGGCCGAGGCUGCUCCUCCUCCUGGUUCGGGCAGGCUUCGGCGGUCGUCGUCCCCGGAGUACUAGCUGCCACCGAUCUAUGUUUCAUGUUCGUUUGGUUUUGUCUUGAUGUUGUACACCUGUGUCUUGUUAGUCCUCGUUAGUGUCCUAUUUAGUUCUCGUUGUGUGUGUUUGUCUUUGUGUGUGAUUGCUCUUCUGUUUCGUGUUCGAGCUACGUACUUCCCUUCAGUUUUUUGGAGAGGUUUUUCGCACGUGUUAGUGCGCCGUUUGUUUGACGCCUGUGUGUGCCGUUAUUUCGCCUUCGGGCUUAUUGUGCUUAUUUUCUACGUGAAUAUUGCACUAAAGUCUUUUGGACUGAGCUUCUGCGUCCUGCGCCUGAUUCAUGCACCACACCCACCUUCAGCACCCCUUGACACACAUACAGUAGUUAGCCUGCCUGACUGGAACUCAUCUACUAUCCUUGGCAGCAAAUGUGUGAAAUAGAAUGCCUUCAGUUUAGGGAUAACAUCAGCACAGAACUUCACAUCAAAAGGCACAUCAAUAACAACCGGCUCGGAUGGAGACCAGACAAGCAGUUUGCAUCUCUCCAGUCCUGUGCAGAACAUGCCCAUUUGCACCUGCAUGUAGUACACACAGGCUCCAUUAGGUGGCAGCUGAGGAACCCCAUCCACCAGCUUCACAUCGGUGAGUUUGCAAGAGAACAGUUCAGUCAGAGACAGUGGCGGUUUUACACGGAGGCCGGGGGAGGCCCGUGCCUCCCUGGAAAUGUCCCUGGCCACCCCUGUGGCCCCCCCGUGCUGACCAAAUAAAAAAUUAUGAAUUUAUAACUAUUUUACACGCGAGCGCCAAAAGCGGAACUAAUGCAACGCUCUACACGGCAACGUUCUACACGGGUAAAUUAGAGUGGCGCACCCAAAAACUGUAUCCUGCCAUCUGCCUGCCUGCCACGUGUGGUGCUGCUUCGGUGAAUGAGAGCUCAGCAACUACUAUUUGCGAGAGGAGCUACGAUUUGCAGGAGUCGAAGGUAGUGAAAAACGAUUUAAUAUCAUAAGUGACUUGUUGUUCUUGCACAUAGCCUACAUGUUCCUCAGAGAUUCACACUUCUUACUCAGAACAGGACAUUUGAUUUCUAGAAGUUAUUGAGAGUUUAACACUGGGCAUCUGGGCUUGCAGAAAGCCAUGACACACUACUGUGCCUCUACUCUCCAGACUAAACCUGCAGCUCUCCAUCCAUGUGUAGGCCACCUGUUCGUUCUCCUUGCCAUAUGUGGUUGAUGCCGUUUUCACCAUGAGGCUGCUGUAGCUGUGUGGCUGCUGCUGGAACCUGAUGACUGGUUUAGCUUUGAUGCACUUGUGCAGAAGGCUCCCCACUGGAAUAUUGGCCCCUUCCAAACUCUUCUUAAGUGCGUUGUGGGAGUGGUACGCAGGAGUUGGAGGUAGAGAUGGAGAAGCGGCUGGGGUGCUGUCAGAGAACUCGUCACUUGGUUUGUUACGUUUGAAACAGAUCUCGCUCAACAUUUUUGGAGCUAAAUUCCACUUCAUCCCCGAGUUCCACUGGCAUUACUCAUCUGUACAGGACACCCCUGUCAAUCCUCCAUACACAGCAUUACGCACCUUCAACAAAACACUACAGUUAGAAUAGUCAAUUACAGUACAGAACACUAGUUUACAUGAUGUUCACAGCUGACUAGUUUACACAGUUUCCUUUUAACUAGUAGGUUUAGGUUAUGUUGGUAAUUUCCUAUUUGAUUGUAAAACUCACCUUGAUUCUCACCUCAUUGCCAUUCAAGAUUAGACUGAUAUACUUAUAUAACCAAAAACCGUUUGUGUAUGUUGUAAUAGUUAACGUUAUCAGUUCUGGUCAGUGAUGUGGUAUCAUCACAAUUAGUUAGCUAGCUAAGUAACUAGCUAACGUCAAACGUAUCAGUCAUAGAAAUGGUUAUGAUAAACAAAAAGCCAGCGAGCCAUCUACCUUCCAUAGUAUUGUAGCUGCAUGACUGCAAGACUUCCCCUGCAACACAAGAACACCCUGCAGGCUCCACCGUGCCGACAGAUGAUACAAGAAUCCAGGCAGAAUGAUGGUGUGUUGACAGGGCUGGACAUCUGCUUUGAGAAACACCAGGUUGUCAUCCUCAAGACAGUGAAUAAGCACCCGCGCAACAUUGCCGCUGUGGAGGUAUUGAUAUGCCUCUGUGCUUUUGUAGCUCCUCAUCUCUGACCCAUCAACACUGACAAAAUAAUUGAAGAUGUCUUCGUAGGUUAUAUGUGGCCAUUUUUCAUAUCGUCCUCCCACUCUUGAAUAAUCCGCGGAUGUGGUACAGACUUGCCAUUCGACUUUGAAAGGUUUUUCUUGGUAUGAUCCCACAACAUUUUGAGCUAGCUAGCUAACGUUCGCUAAAUGGCAAGAACGCCAUAAUGAAAGUCCUCCACAAAACAGAACGUUCUGACAUUGUUUUGUUUACAGGUUCUUAAAUAAGGUGAAUAGCACCAUCAAGGUUUCAGCUAACAUUACAAGCCAAAUAACUCUUAUUCGGCACUAUUUAGAACCAUUUGUUUUUAGUGUCUACACAUUUUAUAUAAAAAAGGAUAAGUAGCAUAUUUUUUUUAUGUGAGCAUGCUUUUUUCCUCUGAGAAAACAACAGCUGUUUCAAAGGGGAUGUGGCAGAUUUCAAAACUGUUCCACAGAAGGAUACACCUGAGCAUCCUCCGCCGCAAUAGGCAAUCAAGGAGAUGAGCAAACUCUUACCAAGCACGCCUAAAAAAUGAGCCAGAAACAACAAUACCAUGCACCCACUAGUAGUCAAAAGGUUGUUGGCGCUCCAAAUAUAUGGUACGGUGCUGUAUUCUGUGGGUGGAAUUAAAGUACCAUUUGAAAUACAGCAAUUCUUUCCCCAACCACAAAAUGUUCCCACAAUGCAACAUUACUGUAUAAAAUACAGUUUUCCAUUACAGUGUAGAUUGAGUGUAGUUGGGUGAACAUAAACUUUGGUGAUGUAACCCCAUAGUGAGUGUAUUCAGGUGUUAAGUGUGUUGUCUGUUGUGUGUGUGUUCAAGCAUUCUUAGGCCUUACAGGUAAUAUUUUUCUCAUUACUUCCUAAUGGCUCUUUAAUUGUUGUUCUAAAGCAGGUUUUAAUUGGUUUGUUAAUUGCCAUUAGCGACGUAGCCAGCAGCCCCUCCAGCCUGGGCAGCAGGUAGCUUAGUGGUUAAGAGCGUAGUGCCAGUAACCGAAAGGUCGCUGGUUCUAAUCCCAGAGCCGACUAGGUGAAAAAUCUGUUGAUGUGCCCUUGAGCAAGGCACUUAACCCUAAUUGCUCCUGUAAGUCGCUCUGGAUAAGAGCGUCUGCUAAAUGACUAAAAUAUAAAUGUUGAAUGAUGGUGGCUGGCUUUUGGUCCUCCAGGUCUCAGGUGUUCAGGCUGAUUGUUUGUCGGUCUGCCUACUCUCAAUAUGUCAGAACUGCGUCCGUCUAUGUUUGACUCCACUGAAUUAUCCUGGUUUUAUUUUAUAUCUGUAUUAAGUCUCUCUCUCUCUCUCUCUCUCUCUCUCUCUCUCUCUCUCUCUCUCUCUCUCUCUCUCUCUCUCUCUCUCUACUCCCCCCGCCCACUUUCUCCAUCUCUCUUAAACAGGUGGGUGUUUUAUAUGAGCUGUUUUAUUGAUCCUACUUUGAAUAUAAGAGAGGGUGGUUUUAAUAUCACAAUUGUGAGCUGUAUAGGUGGGCGAUGUGUAAAACCAGCAAUAUAAUAAACUGAACAGCACCAGCACAGUCAGUACAUGCCUGACCAUAUGUAUCUUAGGAGCCAUUGGGGUCAUUGGUUCAAAUCCCAAGAGAACUUGACAGCUGCUGUACAUCUGAAUCCAGAUCCAAAUCCUACUUCUAAGUUCUAAUGAGGCUCUACACAUCUACAGCUUUUCAUCCAUGAUAUCCUGCAUUUAUUAUAUACAGAUAAUAAGGUAUGGCUUCAGUUCUGAAGGUAGCUGUUCACAGAGCAUAUUUUGGUUAAAAGUAAGAGCCAUUGAGGUAAAGUAGAGACACGUCCUGCUGUCUGAUAGGAAGCAUGGAGGAACACCUAUAGAACUGGUCAAAUGUAAUGUCAAAAUGUAGAUUUCCGCCUAAAUAGACUAAAGUAAUUAUUUAUCAAUACCUAGUAAUGGUUAUACUGCCAGAAAUAUUAAAAUCUCACCUUUUUGGUAAAAUAAGUUAUAAAUUACUGGGGUGUAGUCAGUUUUGAGGACACAAGCGCAAGUACACAGUUCAAAUAUUAUGAAAAUAUGAAAUAUUUUAUGUGAUGUAUUUUCUAUUUAACAAAACUGUAUAAGGCUUGAAAAGACAUAUGCUUUCUAACUAUAGUACAAUCAAAUUAUAACAAGAUUUACUAUAUGAUUUCACCUUCUUUAUAACUGUACAUACAUACAUAUUUGUAAUUACCAGUGGGAGGGGCAUUCAAGUGGUAAAUACCACCUUCUCACUUGGUUAUGAAUGCAGCAUACGGAUUCCAGGCAUGUGCUUUGUCAGUGGCAGUGAUGGAGGGCGCAUUCCUCUGCUCAGACGUUGCUGACGCAUGCCAGAUCUUACUCCUGGAUAGGUAUUUUAAGUAUCAGCUAACUACAUAAUAUCUUAUAGCAAUCUGGUUUCCGACGGCACGUUCGUUGACCAUUGGUUGAUGUAUGCAACGUCUGAGCAGGGGAAUGUGACCAUAGCGUUCAUACAGAAGUUGAUGGACAGUCGGAAGAGCGAAGGAAAUGGUAGGCGGGACAUCCCAGCUUCAAGUGGUGCCAGAUUUCACAGCCUGAGACACACAGGCAGUAGAGAUAUACUCCCGAGUCCAUGAGAACUAGGGCUAUCGCUGAAUGCAAGCCAUUCAGAUCUACAGUGUCCACAGAUAGAUUUGUACGUGAGAAUGUUGGUCGGAACCGGUACCAGAACCACGCUAGUCCCAUCUUUAACUACUCAUUCAUUAUCUCCAUCAUUAUUAUCUUUCUCUUUAUUUCUCUAUCUCUCUAUCCUCCCUUCCUCCCUUCCUCCUCUUUUUCUCUCUUCCACCAUCUCUGUCUAUCUCUUUCUCUCUCCCUUCCUCUCCCUCCCUCCUCCCUCCCUCCCAGUAGAGUGUAAUCAUGAGAGUGAUCAGUCAUGCUGUUUGUCUCAGGGCUGAGUGAGGUAAUACCUGAAUGACGGGGAUGAUUCAUAUCAACUCAUUAUAAAAACAUGAAAUGGAACCUGGAGCCAGAAACAGUUCUUCCCUCACUCAAAGGAAAGUUAAGGGAUUAUGUGUGGUUUUUCCAUAUUAUAUGAUGUGUGGCUGGUUUCCUAGACCAAGAUUUAGCCUAUUCCUGGACUAAAAGGCACUUCAAUGGAUAUUGGAUAUUCUCCCUUGAGCAUGCUGUUCAGACCAGCAGUUGGCUUAACCAGCCCAUGAUGUAUAAAUACUCAGUAUACCUAUCCAUUAUCCCAUCUCACUUUGACACCUCAUAGUCCAUUCUCGCCACUUACACUUUGACCUUGAGUGGCUGGCUGUCCAAUGAGAGUGCUCCAUGAUGGAUGGAAUUGUGAUGGCGAUGGUAGAAGUGCAGGUUAGCGUUAUUUGUCAUGAAUAUUGUUCUGGAGGCAGCUCUGCAGAGUGGUUACUAGCUGGCACUAUCACAGUCUAAAAAUCAGAUUUGAACCUUAACCCUAACCUUAACAACACUGCUAACCCUAGUGCCUAACCCUAACCUUAAAUUAAAGCUAAUAAUCUGUUCAUGUAGACAAGCCUACCUGCAGAGCACACCUGCACUGUUGGCUAGAGCGCAUGUGCCAAGACAAAGUAGGCACAUUUGCAAUUUAACGCAACAGUUUUUGUGACAAAACUAUCGGUAGAGUUGAAAAUGCGAUGGAAACACAUUGAACAUUCUAUUCUUAUUCGGUACAUGAAAAAUUAAGCGGAAAAAAUAUUUUUGUGUGCACUACGUCAUGAUUUUUAUCUGCAACAAGUCAGUUUGGUGGAAACACACAACUUGUGGGAAAAUGUGCAUAUUUCUUUGUGCGGAUUUUAGAAUAUUCACAUGAAAAUCUGUCGCCAAUUGGAUGGAAACUUAGCUAGUGAUGGAUACAUCUUUUAUGAUCAAUUCAAAUUUCUAGAAUUUGUCAUGGAUAUCUUUGGUCUCUUGUAUUGUGCCUACUGGUGAGGUUGCAAAUAGGUUUUUAAAAUGAUUAUUCCAUAUAUCUACAUUUUGGAUCCAAUGAUCCCAGAAAGUAUUAGAAUUGAUGGACUCUUCAAUUAAGCACAGUUGUUUUUGGGUAUGUUAAAUAUUAUAUUCAAGGCAUAAAACCUUGUUGUUUGAAUUUGUAUGUUUUUGAUUUGAUAAUUUCUUUAAUUCUGUCUUCAGAAUUUAGCAAAUAUUUUUUCCUCUUUAUGUUUUUUGGUGACUUCAGUUGUUGUUUUCAACGGCUAAAUGUACUCCUUCAAUACUGUGGGGGUAUUUCUUUUUUUUAAGUGUCCAAUAAUGUUUGAAUUUCAUGACUUAUGAAUGCUUUUUGGAAUUAAUCUGUGCUUUUUUGGGCCCAUCUGUAUGAUUUAGGGACGUUGUACAGUUUACUGGGUUUUGUAUAUUUUUCAAUGGAAUUCUCUGUCCUUUUGAGGAACACAGUGAUUUGGCUGUGGUCAGACAGAGGGGUCAGGGAUUGAAUGUGAAUGCACUAAAAGAGAAAGGGUCCAUAUCUGUGACCAUAUAAUCAACUGUGCUAUUGCCAAGAGAUGAGCAAUAGGUAUGUCUUCCUAAAGAGUCCCCUCGUACCCUACCAUUGACAAUGAACAGACCCAGGCUUCAGCAGAGCUGCAGCAGAUCCUUCCCGUUUUUGAUUUUUGGGGUGUCAUCAUUAUUUCUGGGGGGCGUAUUCAAAUAAUUAAAUAAAUUGUGGUCAAUUAUAAAGUUGUCUCCCUGUGUGUUUGUUAUAUCAGGAAGAGUUCCUGUUCUGGCAUUAAGGUCACCACAUACCAGCACAUUACCUUGGGCUUGAAAAUUGCAUAUCUGUAACUCAAGGAGAGAUGUUCUCUCCCACUCCCUCUCCUUCUCCCAUGUCUCCAUAGUGUAAUCUAGUUAGCCAUCAGCCCCUGUGGUUAGUUCAUCAGUUUUAGAGGGUACGAAGGGAUGGGGCCAGGGAGGGGAUGUUGGGGGCUAUGUUUUUGUAGGUGGCCCCACUGUCUCCCAUCUGUCCUACAGUGCUCUGUGUGUGUGUGUGUGUGUGUGUACCUGUGCGUGUGCGUGUUUGUGUGUGUGAGGGAUUAGAUCAUUUGAGUAGAUCAGUAUGACAGCGGGGAGUCAGAUGUUUAGCAGCUAUCAGACUUGUUGAAGGGGAUGUGUGUGUGCGUGUGUGUGUGUGUAUGUGUGUGUGCAGCCCAUUAUUACCUUUAAAAUGUCAUCCUGUGACGAUUUUGUAAAAAGUUAGGCUUAUACGUUUCGAUGAAACAUGGUGAAGCCCCAAAAUUGCCUAUCCUGGAAGCUUGUGUUUCAGACAUUAGGAAGUGGAUGGCGGCAAAUGUUUUAAUUUUAAACUCGGACAAAACAGAGAUGCUAGUUCUAGGUCCCAAGAAACAAAAAUAUCUGCUGUUGGAUCUGACAAUUCAUCUUGAUGAUUGUACAGUCAUCUCAAAUAAAACUGUGAAGGACCUCUGUGUUACUCUGGACCCUGAUCUCUCUUUUGACGAACCUAUCAAGAAUAUUUCAAGGACUGCUUUUUUCCAUCUUCGUAAAAUUGCACAAAACAGAGACUUUCUGUCAAAAAAUGAUGCAGAAAAGCUAAUCCAUGCUUUUGUCACUUCUAGAUUAGACUACUGCAAUGCUCUACACUCCGGCUACCCGGAUAAAAACUUAAGUUAGUGCUAAACACGGCUGCUAGAAUCUUGACUAGAACCCAAAAAUGUGAUAAUAUUACUCCAGUGCUAGCCUCUCUACACUGGCUUCCUGUUACAGCUAGGGCUGAUUUCAAGGUUUUACUGCUAACCUACAAAGUAUCUCUUCGAUUUUGUCCUGCCGUACAUACCUACACGUACGCUAAGGUCACAAGAUGCAGGCCUUCUUAUUGUACCUAGAAUUUCUAAGCUAACAGCUGGAGGCAGGGCUUGCUCCUAUAGAGCUAAAAUUUAAUGGAAUGGUCUAUCCAUGUGAGAGACGCAGACUCGGUCUACUAGUGCACCUCCAUGCCGUCACUAGGAGGGGUGUGUCCCUUGAGUGGGUUGAGUCACAGAAAUGUUCUUCCUGUCUGGUUUUGCACCCCCUCGGGUUUGUGCGGUGGAGGAGAUCUUCGUGGGCUAUGCUCAGCCUUGUCUCAGGGUAGUAAGUUGGUGGUCUGUUGAUAUAUGUCUAGGAUGAUGGUGUUGAUGUGAGCCAUGACCAGCCUUUCAAAGUAUUUCAUGGCUACAUAUGUGAGUGCUACGGGGCGAUAGUCAUUAAGACAGGUUACCUUGGCGUUCUUGGGGACAGGGAUUAUGGUGUUCUCCUUGAAACAUAUAGGUAUUACAGACUGGGUCAGGAAUAGGUUGAAAUUGUCAGUGAAGACACUUGCCAGCUGGUCAGUGCAUGCUCUGAGUACACAUCCUGGUAAUCGAUCUGGCCCUGCAGCCUUGUGAAUGUUAACUGUCAUCGUAGGAUUCGAUCUUGGUCCUGUAUUGACGGUAUGCCUGUUUUCGUCGGAGGGCGUAGUGGGAUUUUUUAUAAGCGUCCGGGUUAGUGUCCGCUACUUGAAAGCGCCAGCUCUAGCCUUUAGCUCGGUGCGGAUGUUGCCUGUAAUCCAUGGCUUCUGGUUGGGAUAUGUAUGUACGGUCACUCUUGGGACGAUGUCAUUGAUGCACUUAUUAAUGAAGCCGGUGACUGAUGUGGUAAACUCCUCAAUGCCAUCGGAUGAGUCCCGGAACAUAUUCCAGUCUGUGCUAGCAAAACAGUCCUGUAGUUUAGCAUCCACUUCAUCGGACCACUUCCGUAUUGAGCGUGUCACUGGUACUUCCUGUUUGAGUUUUUGCAUGGUAAACAGGAAUCAGUAGGAUAGAUACAGUGGGGGAAAAAAGUAUUUAGUCAGCCACCAAUUGUGCAAGUUCUCCCACUUAAAAAGAUGAGAGAGGCCUGUAAUUUUCAUCAUAGGUACAAGUCAACUAUGACAGACAAAUUGAGAAAAAAAAAUCCAGAAAAUCACAUUGUAGGAUUUUUAAUGAAUUUAUUUGCAAAUGAUGGUGGAAAAUAAGUAUUUGGUCACCUACAAACAAGCAAGAUUUCUGGCUCUAACAGACCUGUAACUUCUUCUUUAAGAGGCUCCUCUGUCCUCCACUCAUUACCUGUAUUAAUGGCACCUGUUUGAAUUUGUUAUCAGUAUAAAAGACACCUGUCCACAACCUCAAACAGUCACACUCCAAACUCCACUAUGGCCAAGACCAAAGAGCUGUCAAAGGACACCAGAAACAAAAUUGUAGACCUGCACCAGGCUGGGAAGACUGAAUCUGCAAUAGGUAAGCAGUUAUAAAGUUGUCUCCCUGUGUGUUUGUUAUAUCAGGAAGAGUUCCUGUUCUGGCAUUAAGGUCACCACAUACCAGCACAUUACCUUGGGCUUGAAAAUUGCAUAUCUGUAACUCAAGGAGAGAUGUUCUCUCCCACUCCCUCUCCUUCUCCCAUGUCUCCAUAGUGUAAUCUAGUUAGCCAUCAGCCCCUGUGGUUAGUUCAUCAGUUUUAGAGGGUACGAAGGGAUGGGGCCAGGGAGGGGAUGUUGGGGGCUAUGUUUUUGUAGGUGGCCCCACUGUCUCCCAUCUGUCCUACAGUGCUCUGUGUGUGUGUGUGUGUGUGUGUACCUGUGCGUGUGCGUGUUUGUGUGUGUGAGGGAUUAGAUCAUUUGAGUAGAUCAGUAUGACAGCGGGGAGUCAGAUGUUUAGCAGCUAUCAGACUUGUUGAAGGGGAUGUGUGUGUGCGUGUGUGUGUGUGUAUGUGUGUGUGCAGCCCAUUAUUACCUUUAAAAUGUCAUCCUGUGACGAUUUUGUAAAAAGUUAGGCUUAUACGUUUCGAUGAAACAUGGUGAAGCCCCAAAAUUGCCUAUCCUGGAAGCUUGUGUUUCAGACAUUAGGAAGUGGAUGGCGGCAAAUGUUUUAAUUUUAAACUCGGACAAAACAGAGAUGCUAGUUCUAGGUCCCAAGAAACAAAAAUAUCUGCUGUUGGAUCUGACAAUUCAUCUUGAUGAUUGUACAGUCAUCUCAAAUAAAACUGUGAAGGACCUCUGUGUUACUCUGGACCCUGAUCUCUCUUUUGACGAACCUAUCAAGAAUAUUUCAAGGACUGCUUUUUUCCAUCUUCGUAAAAUUGCACAAAACAGAGACUUUCUGUCAAAAAAUGAUGCAGAAAAGCUAAUCCAUGCUUUUGUCACUUCUAGAUUAGACUACUGCAAUGCUCUACACUCCGGCUACCCGGAUAAAAACUUAAGUUAGUGCUAAACACGGCUGCUAGAAUCUUGACUAGAACCCAAAAAUGUGAUAAUAUUACUCCAGUGCUAGCCUCUCUACACUGGCUUCCUGUUACAGCUAGGGCUGAUUUCAAGGUUUUACUGCUAACCUACAAAGUAUCUCUUCGAUUUUGUCCUGCCGUACAUACCUACACGUACGCUAAGGUCACAAGAUGCAGGCCUUCUUAUUGUACCUAGAAUUUCUAAGCUAACAGCUGGAGGCAGGGCUUGCUCCUAUAGAGCUAAAAUUUAAUGGAAUGGUCUAUCCAUGUGAGAGACGCAGACUCGGUCUACUAGUGCACCUCCAUGCCGUCACUAGGAGGGGUGUGUCCCUUGAGUGGGUUGAGUCACAGAAAUGUUCUUCCUGUCUGGUUUUGCACCCCCUCGGGUUUGUGCGGUGGAGGAGAUCUUCGUGGGCUAUGCUCAGCCUUGUCUCAGGGUAGUAAGUUGGUGGUCUGUUGAUAUAUGUCUAGGAUGAUGGUGUUGAUGUGAGCCAUGACCAGCCUUUCAAAGUAUUUCAUGGCUACAUAUGUGAGUGCUACGGGGCGAUAGUCAUUAAGACAGGUUACCUUGGCGUUCUUGGGGACAGGGAUUAUGGUGUUCUCCUUGAAACAUAUAGGUAUUACAGACUGGGUCAGGAAUAGGUUGAAAUUGUCAGUGAAGACACUUGCCAGCUGGUCAGUGCAUGCUCUGAGUACACAUCCUGGUAAUCGAUCUGGCCCUGCAGCCUUGUGAAUGUUAACUGUCAUCGUAGGAUUCGAUCUUGGUCCUGUAUUGACGGUAUGCCUGUUUUCGUCGGAGGGCGUAGUGGGAUUUUUUAUAAGCGUCCGGGUUAGUGUCCGCUACUUGAAAGCGCCAGCUCUAGCCUUUAGCUCGGUGCGGAUGUUGCCUGUAAUCCAUGGCUUCUGGUUGGGAUAUGUAUGUACGGUCACUCUUGGGACGAUGUCAUUGAUGCACUUAUUAAUGAAGCCGGUGACUGAUGUGGUAAACUCCUCAAUGCCAUCGGAUGAGUCCCGGAACAUAUUCCAGUCUGUGCUAGCAAAACAGUCCUGUAGUUUAGCAUCCACUUCAUCGGACCACUUCCGUAUUGAGCGUGUCACUGGUACUUCCUGUUUGAGUUUUUGCAUGGUAAACAGGAAUCAGUAGGAUAGAUACAGUGGGGGAAAAAAGUAUUUAGUCAGCCACCAAUUGUGCAAGUUCUCCCACUUAAAAAGAUGAGAGAGGCCUGUAAUUUUCAUCAUAGGUACAAGUCAACUAUGACAGACAAAUUGAGAAAAAAAAAUCCAGAAAAUCACAUUGUAGGAUUUUUAAUGAAUUUAUUUGCAAAUGAUGGUGGAAAAUAAGUAUUUGGUCACCUACAAACAAGCAAGAUUUCUGGCUCUAACAGACCUGUAACUUCUUCUUUAAGAGGCUCCUCUGUCCUCCACUCAUUACCUGUAUUAAUGGCACCUGUUUGAAUUUGUUAUCAGUAUAAAAGACACCUGUCCACAACCUCAAACAGUCACACUCCAAACUCCACUAUGGCCAAGACCAAAGAGCUGUCAAAGGACACCAGAAACAAAAUUGUAGACCUGCACCAGGCUGGGAAGACUGAAUCUGCAAUAGGUAAGCAGCUUGGUUUGAAGAAAUCAACUGUGGGAGCAAUUAUUAGGAAAUGGAAGACAUACAAGAUCACUGAUAAUCUCCCUCGAUCUGGGGCUCCACGCAAGUUCUCACCCCAUGGUGUCAAAAUGAUCACAAGAACGGUGAGCAAAAAUCCCAGAACCACACGGGGGGACCUAGUGAAUGACCUGCAGAGAGCUGGGACCAAAGUAACAAAGCCUACCAUCAGUAACACACUACGCCGCCAGGGACUCAAAUCCUGCAGUGCCAGACGUGUCCCCCUGCUUAAGCCAGUACAUGUCCAGGCCCGUCUGAAGUUUGCUAGAGUGCAUUUGGAUGAUCCAGAAGAGGAUUGGGAGAAUGCCAUAUGGUCAGAUGAAACCAAAAUAUAACUUUUUGGUAAAAACUCAACUUGUCGUGUUUGGAGGACAAAGAAUGCUGAGUUGCACCAUAGCUACUGUGAAGCAUGGGGGUGGAAACAUCAUGCUUUGGGGCUGUUUUUCUGCAAAGGGACCAGGACGACUGAUCCGUGUAAAGGAAAGAAUGAAUGGGGCCAUGUAUCGUGAGAUUUUGAGUGAAAACCUCCUUCCAUCAGCAAGGGCAUUGAAGAUGAAACGUGGCUGGGUCUUUCAGCAUGACAAUGUUCCCAAAAACACCGCCCGGGCAACGAAGGAGUGGCUUCGUAAGAAGCAUUUCAAGGUCCUGGAGUGGCCUAGCCAGUCUCCAGAUCUCAACCCCAUAGAAAAUCUUUGGAGGGAGUUGAAAGUCCGUGUUGCCCAGCGACAGCCCCAAAACAUCACUGCUCUAGAAUAGAUCUGCAUGGAGGAAUGGGCCAAAAUAUCAGCAACAGUGUGUGAAAACCUUGUGAAGACUUACAGAAAACGUUUGACCUGUGUCAUUGCCAACAAAGGGUAUAUAACAAUUAUUGAGAAACUUUUGUUAUUGACCAAAUACUUAUUUUCCACCAUAAUUUGCCAAUAAAUUCAUUAAAAAUCCUACUAUGUGAUUUUCUGGAAUUUUAUUUCUCAUUUUGUCUGUCAUAGUUGACGUGUACCUAUGAUGAAAAUUACAGGCCUCUCUCAUCUUUUUAAGUGGGAGAACUUGCACAAUUGGUGGCUGACUAAAUACUUUUUUCCCCACUGUAUAUUUACUAUGUCUUUGUAAGUUUACAGUUGCACUGUCUGGAGGAUGGCUAGCCUAUAACAUUUUUAUAAACCAAUAACCUCAGCACUGAAUCGCUUUGGCUCCUCUGUGUGUGCUGUCCCCUGGUGUUUGUGUGUUUGUGUGUGUGUGUGUGUGUGUGUGAGUGUGUGUGUGUGUGUGUGUGUGUGCGCGUGUGUGCAUACCUGCUUGUGUUUGUGUGUGUACAUGAGUGUCUCUGACCCUCUCCCUGCCUUUUCUGUGCCCUGCGGUCUCUCUGACUCUAUAAGCCACUCUGUAAUUUAAUUGAGGGGUGAGGGGCUGUACUCUAUGUUUGCAGUUCACCACACUCUCUCCCUCUCCCCUCUUCCUCCCUGCCUUCUUCUGUAUUUCCCUUGCUAUCCUCUACCCUCCUCUCUCCUCCCUCCCCCAGUCAUUCCAUUCCCCAUACGUACACUGAAAACAUAGAUCUUUUGACCAGGUCACAUUAGCUACAAGGUUGAACUGUCCUUCUCCUUUUGAAUGCUGUCCAGGAUCCUGACAAGGCCACACACACACCCGCACGCACACAGACACUCACAUACGCACACACACACACACACACACACACACACACACACACACACACACACACACACACACACACACACACACACACACACACCAAGGGACAGCGAGCGGACCCAUAACGGGUGUUAUUGUGUGUGUCUGGCAUGGCUUGGUCCAGUCUAGUAAUGUCCUGUCGUUCUGCUGAGUGGCUGAGCUACUAAAUAGGUCCAUUUUCUUCUCUAUCAGUCUAUUGCCUGUGGUAUAUCUCAUUUUAGAAACAUAUACUUUCUAUCUCUCGCUCUCUCUCUUUGUUUCUUCUCACUCUGGAGCACAAAACUAUUCUGCCGUUCUUAGGUUAAUGAAGUCCAGCAGUUUACAGUAUUUAAAUACAAUAGAAAACAAAGUCUAUAACUGAAAUGGCACACAUACUGUAGACCUUCACUGUAAUACAGUCCAACAAACUACUAAUAUUACACUACAGGCAGACAUCCCAGACAUAAAUGCUUCUGUAACUGACAUUUCUUCAAAUAUCAUUUUAUUCAAGAGUAGGAGUUGCAGCACUACAUUUAGAAUGAUUAAAGUUAUUUCCUUUGUUAAAUCCACUUCCUGCUGAGACUAUAUACUGCGCCUGUGUUUCAUCUACAGAUUCUGCUAAGCCAGCCUCAUCUCUACAACCUCCAGCCUCUCCUCUCCAGGAACAGGUGGUGGCUGAUUGCCCAACCAUACCCACCUCAUCUGGGCUUGGACGGAAGGGAUGACCCCCUGAGCCUGGUGGAAGUAAUCUAAAUUGUGUUAGCAUUUUGGGCAAAUUUUAGCCCAAUGGGCCUGUCUAUCUUGUUUUUUUGCUCAAAAAUAUAAUUAUCUGGCUAAUAAUGGGUGCCUCAAGGGAAAAAAUGGGCCGGUGUGGGGACCUCGAUUAAAAAAAUGGGCCGGUGUGGGGCCUAGAGGAAAAAAAUGGGCCGUGUGGGUGCCUCGUGGAAAAUUGGCCAGAGUGGGGUGAUUUCGGGUCCCAGUCCGCCCCUGUGUGUGUGAGUGUGUGUGUGUGUGUGUAUGUGUGUGUGUGUGCGUGCGUGCGUGCGAGCGAGCGAGAGAGAGAGAGAGAGAGAGAGAGAGAGCUUGUGCAUGGUACUAAGGUCGGUUUAAAGCUCUAGUUAAGAUGUUAGUGUAAAGAAAAUAGGGAGGAAUAUGGAGAAAUUAUAAUAUUAACAUUUAAGUCAUUUAGCAGACGCUCUUAUCCAGAGCGACUUACAGAUAGCGCAUGCACAGGGACGGCUUGUUCAAUAGGGCGAUAUGGGCGACGCACUGCCAAACGGGAAAAGGAAGGGAUUUUUUUUCUAAUCAAUUAUAUCACGGCAACAGCAGUUAUCAGUGUUCACGUCUGAUCUGCCAGCCACUAAAUGUCAAAUCAGGCUAAAGUCGUGCUUCAAAUGUCCCCGCCCGUUUUUUGGGCGAUUUCAGUCAGGUUGAAAAUCGCCCAGAAGUCUCUCAUAGCCUGUCAUGUAAAAUCUAUUUUUUUCACAUUUCAAAGCUUUCAAUACAUUCUCUAUGGGUGUCUGUGGGCUUGCACUUACGCGCUUUCGUCAUACGUGACGUCACCAUGAACGUAACUAAGACAAUGGCGGCUAGCAGCGUCUCUGUUGCGACCUGCAGUGUGGCGUUAUUUUAUGUUUUUAAUUUGUAGACUUAGUUUACAAACAUUCUGCCAACCAUGGAUUUCCAGUGGUUGGUUUUGGACUGAUCUUGUUGAUCGUGUACAUACCCGCUACGAACGGACUAAAUAAUGAAAAUGCUGCUGGCAGCGGAAUCCCAAUACAGCUGGGAGACUUGGCUGGAUGACAGAGUCCCGGACAGAGAAGUGGAGCCGGCCGGCUUCACCCUGGUCAGAGCGGACCGCGAUCCUGGUAAGAGAGCGACUCUGUACCCCGACAUUGAACUGCUUUCUGUGUCAUUGAACCUUACUAUCUGCCCCGUGAGUUCCCCCAAUUGUUUGUUACCGUUGUGUACUGUUGAUAAUCACAGGUUUACUGGAGAACUGAGACCAAGUAGAGACUUUGGACAGGGUGGAUAUGGUAUAAUAAAGGCAGUUUAUUCAGAGGUAAAGAUAUCUGGAAUCGCGUGCACGGACUCGUUCGUCAAACUCUUAGGGAGAAGAGAGCCCCGAAAACAUUGUGUGCAGACAUUUUAUACAAUAAAUGAUGUAGGUUGAAUCUAGUAGUUCUGAUCUUCUGAUUGGUCCUGAUGAGUUGGGCGAGGUCCCCUCCACUGUUGCAUUGGCUCUGAGUCGGGUUCUCUGUCUUCAAAUGUUCAGCCUAAAGAGAGGGGAUUUUUGUGUGUGUGUGUGUGUGUGUGUGUGUUUAACAGUGAUGAUGUGUGUUAUCAGUGAUGAUGUGUGUGUGUGUGUGUGUGUGUGUCCUCAGAGCAAGAACUCGUGAGUUGGAAGAACUGAGAGACCUAUGGCGUGGGUGUUGUCCUUGGCCACCUGCUGACAAGGCUGACAAGAUAGGACUCUUUUGUCCAUUGUUAUAGGAUAGGAACAGCAUUGAUUGAAAACAAACGCCCAACACAAAAUGGGUCAUGCACAAGAUUUUAGUCAGACCAAGCUAUAACAUUAUAUAUUUACUACGACAGUACAUUCAACCAAAAGCUAAUAUAACAAAGGCAUCAGAGAUUAUUUAUAAUCUGUCACAGAAACUGGAAUCCAUCUCCCCAGAUCAGUCAAUAAAUGCUUCUGGUAUUGACUUAUAUGCUGCCCCUGUCUUCAUGUUGUUGCUGGACAUAUCUUUUUUAAAAUGUGUGUAGGUCACCUAAAUCAUCAGAAAAAUUGCCCCUCCUGAGAAUUUUUUCAGGAGCCGCCACUGCGCAUGCAUAACAUUUUUUUAUCAUACUGCCCUCCGUGUGAAUUGAACCCACAACCCUGCCGUUGCAAACGCCAUGCUCUACCAACUGAGCUACAUCCCUGCCGGCCAUUCCCUCCCCUACCCUGGACGACUUGUGCGCCGCCCCAUGGGUCUAUAUAUAUAUAUGCCAUUUAGCAGACGCUUUUAUCCAAAGCGACUUACAGUCAUGUGUGCAUACAUUUUUACGUAUGGGUGGUCCCGGGGAUCGAACCCACUACCCUGGCAUUACAAGCGCCAUGCUCUACCAAUUGAGCUACAGAGGACCACGAUUAUGAGGAGAGAUGAUGUUCCCAUUAACAAGAUCUCACGGUUUGAACAAUUUGACUUCAGAUUCAGAUGUUUUGUCCACUUUCUCCAAACAUAAAAUGUCGAAGUUGCUCCAAACGUCACAUUUCAACAAAUACAUUGACACCCUGGGUUGCCAUGGUCGAUUGGUUGAGCUACCUGCUGCUGUAGCGGCGCCUCGCGUGAUUAAAUUUAAGAGUUAAUUCCGAAUGGUUAAUUAUGAGUUAAGGUUUGGGAUAGGGUUAUAAAAAAAAAUAUCCACGGUUAAAUUUAGCCAUUAAUUCCGAAUGGUUAGGUUAAGGGUUAAGGUUUGGGAUAGGGUUAAAACCAAAAGAAUUUAACAAAUCCAAUCAAAUCAAAUUUUAUUGGCCACAUAUGCCGAAUAAAACAGGUGCAGACAUUACAGUGAAAUGCUUACUUACAGCCCUUAACCAACAGUGCAUUUAUUUUUAAUAAAAAAGUAGAAUAAAACAACAAAAAAGUGUUGAGAAAAAAAGAGCAAAAGUAAAAUAAAACAACAGUAGGGAGGCUAUAUAUACAGGGGGGUACCGGUGCAGAGUCAAUGUGCGGGGGCACCGAUUAGUUGAGGUAGUUGAAGUAAUGUGUACAUGUGGGUAGCGUUAAAGUGACUAUGCAUAAAUAAUUAACAGAGUAGCAUCAGCGUAAAAAUAUGGGGUGGGGGGUGGGGGUAGGGGGCAGUGCAAAUAGUCUGAGUAGCCAUGAUUAGCUGUUCAGGAGUCUUAUGGCUUGGGGGUAGAAGCUGUUGAGAAGUCUUUUGGACCUAGACUUGGCACACCGGUACCGCUUGCCGUGCGGUAGCAGAGAGAACAGUCUAUGACUAGGGUGGCUGGAGUCUUUGACAAUUUUGAGGGCCUUCCUCUGACACCGCCUGGUAUAGAGGUCCUGGAUGGCAGGAAGCUUGGCCCCAGUGAUGUACUGGGCCGUACGCAUUACCCUCUGUAGUGCCUUGCGGUCGGAGGCCAAGCAGUUGCCAUACCAGGCAGUGAUGCAACCAGUCAGGAUGCUCUCGAUGGUGCAGCUUUACCAUUUUUUGAGGAUCUGAGGACCCAUGCCAAAUCUUUUCAGUCUCCUGAGGGGGAAUAGGCUUUGUCGUGCCCUCUUCACGACUGUCUUGGUGUGUUUGGACCAUGAUAGUUCGUUGGUGAUGUGGACACCAAGGAACUUGAAGCUCUCAACCUGUUCCACUACAGCCCCGUCGAUGUGAAUGGGGGCGUGCUCAGUCCUCUUUUUUUUUACUGUAGUCCACAAUCAUCUCCUUUGUCUUGGUCACGUUGAGGGAGAGGUUGUUAUCCUGGCACCACACGGCCAGGUCUCUGACCUCCUCCCUAUAGGCUGUCUCAUCGUUGUCGGUGAUCAGGCCUACCACUGUUGUGUGGUCGGCAAACUUAAUGAUGGUGUUGGAGUCGUGCCUGGCCAUGCAGUCAUGGGUGAACAGGAAGUACAGGAGGGGACUGAGCAUGCACCCCUGAGGGGCCUCUGUGUUGAGGAUCAGUGUGGCAGAUGUGUUGUUACCUACCCUUACCACCUGGGGGUGGCCCGUCAGGAAGUCCAGGAUCCAGUUGCAGAGGGAGGUGUAAAAAAAGUGUGUGUGUGUGUAAAAAAAGUAUUAAAAGUUAAUGAGUUUCUAGCACUUGGAUUGAACACGCAACCCUCAGAGCCAGAGCUCGCAGUUUACGCCCAUCCAUCACCUCUGUCUACAACGCCCUAGCAAAACCCAAGCCUACUUGAUGGUAAUAGCACUCACCAUAGCCCCUAGUGGCGGGUCCUGAAGGUAUUUCUCAACGUCCUCGGGACAUGGAUGGACAUUCAAUUUCGAAGUGAAUCUUGAGCGACCUGGCUGGUUCCCAUUACUGGCACUGUGAGCCCCAAAGACAGAGGGAGAGAGAACAGUAAUAGCACUCUGUUAAUCUCAGGACAGAUUAGAUGAGUCUGAGCACUAUUAGCUGUGUUUGCCCAGAGGCCACACACACUCCCAAACACACCCUCACACAGACACUCACACACACACACCCUCACACACACACCCUCACACACAAUGUGAUCGCGACUUUGUGAUUAUAGAUCAAGGCCAGAACAAAGUUAUAUUCUGAGUACAUUCCUUCCACAGAUUCCCCAACAUACAAUCAACUGAUUAAACAUUCUGAAUACAAAGCUUGCUUGAACUAGGACAGUGUGUGUGUGUGUUUGUGGGUGCAUGCGUGCAUACGUGUGGUUGGGUUGGUCUGGGUGUGUGGUGCUUUAAUGAUGAAAAUGAUAGCAAUCUACUGUAGGCGAGAUUUAAUUGACCCUUUCCUCUGGGCCAUCAGAAUUUUUUAUGUCUUAAAGACAGACACUUCCAGCACACACACACACACACACACACACACACACACACACACACACACACACACACCCUUCUAUUUUAUUUAACAUUUUUGCACUGUCUCUAUGCACACUCACAUACUCACUCUAUACACGUUCUACACACUCACACAUACACACUCACACUGACACUCCAACACACACACACUUAAUUUCCUCACACACACAUAACACGCACACACAUUCAUGCUGACUCUACACACACACACACUCACAUACAAUCAUCAUACACGCUGCUGCUACUCUGUUUAUCAUACAGUAUAUCCUGAUGCCUAGUCACUUUACCCCUAUACAUAUCUAACCCUACCAGUGCGGUCGGUGGCGUUUAAGAUUAAGGAGGACGAUAUUUGUUUGAAUGAGCAUGGCCUUAUUUCUAUUACAGCAUAUUGGAUAACUGUCAUUCAUAUUCCAUUCACCCAGCUCAAUGUAACAUCAAUAGGUUUAGGCUACUACAUGAUACUCCAAUUUUCCCUUCAUAAGGUUGCUACAACCUAGCCUACAAACAAACAUUUAUAAAAUAGGCGCACAGAUCGAGAGACAAAUUGUAGUAAUCAAGGUGACAGACAGUGACACAUUCAAUACCGUCUUGCACACUCUUGCCUGCAUCCGUUUAAGAAACGUUUGCAACAGAGUCGGCGGAAUGAAUAUAACCCUGAUCACCCACACACAGUUCACUUUCAUAGCAGCCAUACAAAUGGCCUCAUCACAUUUACGUGCUCUCCUCCUCUCACAUUUUCCCUUCACUUGUGGACUUCAGUGCGCAACAUACCAGCUGUCUGUAACCAGGCGAAAAAACCUCUCCAAGCCAAAUCUUCAUGUCAUAACCGCUAACCGCUACACACAGCCUACAUCGAUGUCACCAUAUUAGCUAACGUCACAGUCAACAUAGGUAACACAAUCCAUGUGUACAAUCACGCAGUACAGUGUACAGCAAGCAGUUUAGAUGUUACAUUGGCUGGCCCCGGUGACAAUAAAUUAAUACAACCGAAAGCUUACCUUGACUUGGAAGAAUUGGAGUGUUGGAUAGCCUUAGCCAGCUAGCUAACAUAAAUAGCAUUCCUGUCUGUUUGAGUCAGGUUGUUGAGUAGGCUAAAUUAGCUGCAUUAGCUAGCUAAGUGAAAGUGAAAAAAAAUACAAUGAAAUCUCCCUCUCUCUGCUGCUUCUCCUUAAUGUUUUUAGAAAUUAAUUUGUUCAAAACUGUUCAAAUAUUGUCUUUCUCUCUCUUUGAGUCAACUACUCACCACAUUUUAUGCACUGCAGUGCUAGCUAGCUGUAGCUUAUGCUUUCAGUACUAGAUUCAUUCUCUGAUCCUUUGAUUGGAUGGUCAAUAUGUCAGUUCAUGCUGCAAGAGCUCUGAUAGGUUGGAGGGCGUACUCCGGAAGUCGUCAUAAUUACUGUGUAAGUCUAUGGAAGAGGGUGAGAACCAUGAGCCUCCUAGGUUUUGUAAUGAAGUCAAUGUACCCAGAGGUGGACGGAAAAUAGCUGUCCUUUGGCUACUACACCAUGGUGCUACACUGCAGAGUGUUGUAAAGGCUACUGUUGACAUUCAUUGAAAAACUGUGUUAUAAUCAGUUAUUUGGUGUUGUGAAUAUAUUUAGUAUAGUUUUACCUAAAAAGGGUACGUUUUUAUUGUUUCACUUUUUAUUUUUAUGAAAUCCACUGAGUAGGAUGGUCCUCACUUUCUUCCUCUGAGGAGCCUCCACUGCCACUCCAGUAUCCCUGCACAUUGUAAAUAUGGUAUUGGCACAGACCCUGGAACUGACCCUGUGUAUAUCUUGCUUACUUUCUCAUGUUCUUCUUAUUUCUCUUGUGUUUUUUUUCAACUUUGUUUUAUACUGCAUUGUUGGGAAAGAGCAAUCAUUUAUAUCCCAAAGGAAAUAAAUGAUCUCACUUCAAUAAAUUUUUAUAGAAAGUUUGCAAAAAUAGAUAAGAUCUUACUACCAUGGAAAGGAAAAUACCUGUCAAUUUGUGGAAAAAUCACCCUGAUUAACUCUUUAGUAUUAUCCCAGUUUACCUAUUUGCUUAUGGUCUUGCCUACGCCUAGCGAACAGUUUUUUAAAUUAUAUGAAAAAAAAUAUUCAAUUUUAUUUGGAACAGCAAGCCAGACAAAAUUAAAAGAGCAUAUUUAUAUAAUGAAUAUGAAUUCGGAGGACAGAAAUUAUUAAAUAUUAAAGCAUUAGACCUAUCACUAAAAGCUUCAGUCAUACAAAAGUUAUACUUAAAUCCGAACUGGUUCUCAAGCAAAUUAGUAAGAUUGUCUCACCCAAUGCAAAUUAUAAGAUUGUCACCCACUUUCAGUUAUUUGAAAAGGAAAUAAUCUCCCAAAUGUCACUAUUUCUAAAACAAGCCAUAGAAAGUUGGUUGCAAUUUCAAUUUAAUCCUCCAGAAACGACAGAACUAAUAAUGCAACAAAUAUUGUGGUUAAAUUCAAAUAUACUAAUUGACAAAAAAACUUAAUUUUUUGACAGAAUGUUUAAAAAAGGUAUAAUCUUCGUAAAUGAUAUCAUCGGUAGGACUGGUGGAGUUAUGUCGCACAUGCAGCUAACAAAAACAUAUGGAAAUGUCUGCUCUACCCAAAAUUACAACCAAAUAAUUGCAGCCUUACCGCAAAAGUGGAAGAGGAAAGUGGAAGGGGGAGAAAGUAAGGAACUUGUCUGUCGGCCUUGCAUUAAAGAACAUAAUUGGUUAAGGAAAACUGUGAUAAAUAAAAAAGUAUAUCAGUUUCACUUAAGGACCAAAGGAUUGACAGACGUCCCAUAUAGAUUGCAAAGUAGUUGGGAAGAGAUCUUUGACGUACCGAUCCCAUGGCAUAGUGUUUAUGAACUGACACGCAAAACGACACUGGAUUCAAAAAUUAGAAUCUUUCAAUUUAAAUUAUUAUAUAAAAUUCUUGCUACCAAUAGAAUGUUAUUUAUAUGGGGGAUACAAUCUUCCCAGCUUUGUAGAUUUUGCUGUGAAGAGACAGAAUCAUUAGAUCAUUUGUUUUGGUUCUGUCCAUUUGUAGCUUGUUUUUGGACACAGGUCCAACAAUGGCUAAAGGAUUGCAAUAUUUACCUGGAACUAAUCUUGCAGAUGGCAUUACUGGGUGAUCUGAAAAGUCAUAGUCAAUCAAUCAAUAAUAUAAUAAUACUUUUAGCAAAAAUGUUUAUUUUUAAUUCACAAUCUGUAGAAGCAAUGAGAAUAAAAAUGUUCAGAACUUUUGUAAAACAUCACAGUAUGGUUGAAAUAUAUAUGGCAAAUAGAAAUCCUAUAUGGAUGGUGUUAAGAGAUAGAUGGGAGGUAUUGAAUAGAGUUGAAGGAUGGGACUAAUAACAAAUAACAACAAAUAAUAACAAAGAUUGCUAAUAAUGUAAGCAUACUGUGUCCAUAAUAAGUAUAUAGGUUGUAUGUUGGGAGCUUUUGGGAAAGAGCACAGUUAGAAAGAUAUGGCAUAUAUAUAUAUUAUUUAUUUAUUUUUUUGCUCCUGAACUUCUUCUACUCUCAACCUCUCCGAUCAUUUUCAUGAUGUCCAUCCGGUUUGCUUCUAUAUGCCAUAUCUUUCUAACUGUGCUAUAUAAUAUAAUUAUUGUAAAAUUAACUCUGUCCGUAAGGUGUAGAUAGUAAGUAUAGACCGGAAGUAGAGGCCUGGGCAUUGUUGUUCACUAAUUUACUCCAAGUAGGGAAAGGAUGGUGGGGUUGAAAAGUAGUAAAGGGGAGUAUAUAUAUAUAUAUAUAAAAUAUUUAAAAAAACAUGGGGGAUUGGAAGUGAUGCAGACAAUUACAUUGAUAGAAGAUACAAUCUAUCUGCAAUAUUAAGCUGAUCCACCCACCCCCCCCAAAUUUUUUUUUUUUUAAAUAAAAACGGACACAAAAUGAAAAAAAAUAGGAAAUAAAAAGAAUAAAGGCUUUUCACUGUACUAGUGCACGUGACAAUAGAAACUUGAAACUUGAAAAACAUAGUGAUAGAGCUUUAUAUGGCAAUGAUACUAGAGAAACUGAGCUACGGAGAUGUAUCUUGUGUGUGUGUGUGUGUGUGUGUGUGUGUGUGUGUGUGCGUACGUGAGAUGAUACCUGGUUUUCUGGUCCUGGAUCUUGGACACACUUCUUGCGCAGGUCCAGGAUUCAUUUCAGCCAGGGUUCAGUUGCGUUUCACACAUGCUUUAUAGCGCAGAUCGGGGUACCAAACGCUCCAAGAUCAAAAUCCUACAGAGAUACAGUCACAACCAAAAUGAUUGGCAACCUUGAUAAAGAUGAGCAAAAAAGACUGUAUGAAAUAAAUAAUAUAAAUACUGAGCUACAGUAUAUUGUGUGCUCAAAAUGUUUUACUAUUGUAUUUUGUACUAAUACAAUUGCUCGGAGAAAAAAAUAUAUAUAUAUUUUUUAAGAGCUCUAUUUUCAUGUCAUCCAACAUAUGUAAAUGGCUGGAGUUUGCUAAACGCCAUUGGCAAUUGGAUUAGAACCGGUGCUAUGGUCAGGCACAACAGUGGUUUGGCGUCAAAAGAAUGCAAAUGCAGAAAAUAACCACAUACCUACAGUAAAAUAGGUUGGUGCACCUUUGAUGUUAUAGGUCUAUCUUGCUUCCACUGGUCCUGGGGCCCUCGUUUAGGUCAAUGGCGUCAUGAACUCUACCAAGUACAGGACAUUUUAGCCAAAAACCUGGUUGCCAGAAAGCUGAAACUUGGCCUCAAGUAGAUCUUCCAGCAAGACAAUAACCCCAAGCACACAUCACAAUCCAUAAAAUAUGUGUUAAUUGACCACAAAAUCAACAUUUUGCAAUGUCCAUCUCAGUCUCUGGAAUUGAACCCCAUUGAAAACCUGCCAUUUGUAUUGAAGAGGGCAGUCCAUAGCACAGACAAAGGAUAUCAACGAUCUGGAAAGUAUGGAGGAAUCAUCAAAGAGCCCUCCCAAUGUGCCCUCCCAAAAACAUUUUAGAAAAAGGCUCAGUACAAUUAUCGUUGCAAGGGGAGGGUGCCAGAGUAUUGAAAACAGGGUUUGCCAAUAAAAAAUUAUUACUUGUUAAACAAAUUCUUUGUCUCUGAGCAAUUGUAUUAGUAUAAAUGAACGUUGUAUUAGUAUAAAUGAAUGUUUACAAUUUUUUGGGAGAAUACAAUAUAGUGCCGAUUUUUUAUUAUUUCUUUUAUAUAGACUUUUUGGCUCAUCUUUAUCAAGGGUGUCAAUAAUUUUUGACGUGACUGUAUGUGAAAGCGCCCAUAGAGUACCACCAUUCUGUUGCCAAAGAAACGCAGUAGAACUUAUUUAGAUGCACACAAAUAAAUUGUCAGCAACCCAAGUCAAAAUGUAUAUUUCCAGUUCUCCACUGUUGUACAGUUUAUAAAUGUAAUAUUCAACAGAAUAUCAUAAUUGUUAAUAAGGCUGCAACAGUAGAUUCCACUCCAGUUUAUCUAAAUAAAUGUCCAUAUUGAAACUGACCCUAUCCUAGAUAGUUGGAGAAGGAAGGACGGAGGAGCGGGCAUGAGAUCAAGGAAAAAGGGCAUGAGAUCAAGUACCAACACACACAAGCACACACACACACACACACACACACUCACACACACACACACACACACACACACACACACACACACACACACACACACACGGUGGUGUAGUCGUGCCUGGAGAAGUGGGUAUACUCUAAUUUUGCCCCAAAUUUCCCAAACGGCCCGCCGUUGUACUCAGAAUGACCUAAAAUAAUAUUGGCCUAAUAUUGAAACAGAUAAAUGGGUCUGUCAACUGAGUCAGAAAUUCACAGGAUUCAGAUGUAAUCGUUUAUCAACAUUUUAAGCUGAUCAUUCUGAUCUGUUUCAUCAGCCUUAUUAAUUACACUACUUCAAUAAAUGGGUACAGUAUAUGGCGCAUACCUGCGUAUACCCUCCACUACACCACUGCACACACACACACACACAAGGCAGGUAGCCUAGCAUUUAGAGCGUUGGGCCAGUUAGAGCGUUGGGUCACUAGUUCGAAUCCCUGAGCCGACAAGGUGAAAAUUCUGUCGAUGUGCCCUUGAGCAAGGCACUUUACCAUAAUUGCUCCAGGAUCGCCAUUGAUAAUGAUAGUCCCUGGCUGUGACCCCAUUCUCUGAGGGUGUCUCAAGGGGAGAUGGGAUAUGCAAACAAACACAUUUGCAAUUCACACAUGUGUGAAAUUCACUUGUACAUGUGUGAAAAAGGUUAAAUAUAAGCACCCACCAAAUUAUUAUUAUUAUUCUCACACACACACACAGGCACACGCCGACACUACCGGGCAAACACAGAUAA